GACUGACAGGUGGCUCCUCCCCUCGCUCCCUCCCCUCGCGCGCCGGUCGCCUGGAUUGCAGCGGGGUCCAGUCUGCUGCUGCAAGCGGAGCAAACCUGGCAACCUGGCAGCUUUUACUGGAGACCGAUUGGCAAUCUGGCAAUGCGGAAAUAGAUCUGGCACCCCCGAUCCCGGACCGAGGAGAGAGGCGUGACAGAGCAAGCAGAGAGGAACGGGGAUAGCUGUGACAGAGAUAAAAUAAUCAACUCUUUCUUUCCUGUUUCCCCCCCUUUUUUUAAUUAAAGUGCUCAGGUGCGCUCCUUCUGCACCGGCUGGGAUUUUUCCAGCAUUUGUUUCUUUCAAUUUGACAAGUCAGAGAAGAGGCAAGAAGAAGUGCGUUUUUGUCGCUCGGAAUCCGGACUUCUUUACAGACUUUUCCUUCUUUGCAUCAAGCAUGGAUGUGUUGGCGAAUUACAGUAUUUUCCAGGAACUCCAACUCGUUCAUGACACUGGUUAUUUCUCCGCGAUGCCUUCCCUUGAGGAGAACUGGCAGCAGGUCAGAGAUGCGUUUUAUCAUCUUUUCCGGGUGUUAAAAGGGGUUAGAAACUGGGAUGAGAUGUCACAUUUGUUCAGUUUGCUCUUUUCUGAGUGUGUUUUUACUGUUUUGCAUCAGCAGAGCGCUCCGGAGGGGCGGCAGCAGCAGCAGCCCCGCGUAGUUGCGUCUUUUUUUUUUUUCUCCUCGCUCACAUGGAGCACGGCGAGGUCCGCUGACAGGAGAAAACACACACAUCCACAUAGAGAGGAGAGUGGGUGAGAGAAGGGAUACAGAGAAAGCUUUACGCACUGAUGGCACAAACACGUCUUUAAGAAGCAUAAAGGAAUUCUUUACUUUUACGCACAUUUACCUUUUUACGCACGGUCCUUUAAAACAUACUUAAGGGUUAAUCAAACCCCCUUAUACAUUCAAGUCAGAGCAGGAGUGCGUUGUCUUGUGAAAUCGUGGUCGCGUCCAGAUUGAACCAACGUCUGUCUAGAUUUCACAUGGUGCUGAAAAACAACCUUAAAUGAGGAUAAAAAUCGAGGUUUUUCUAUAAGUGGCCCUUUCUUUCCUCACUUUAGUCUCCUAGGGACUAAAUGCAGCUAUUUUGACCCUUAAGGUUUUCCAGAUAUUAAGAGAUAAUGUUGGAUGAAAACACAAUGUCUACAAAUGCUCUUUUUUUCAAUGUAGAAUUUGUCAAAGUUGACGUUGUAAGUGAAAAGAGCAAAAUGAAGGGCUCCUAUGGGGACCAGAACGAGCUGUUCCUGUCUCUUUAAGCCACAACGUGGUGCAUAUUUUAUCUCAAUGUGAAAAAGAAAAGUUUAAGAGGCUUGAAGGUCUAAACAGUCAUUUGCUUGGCUUUCCUUGAAUGAUUUUGUCAAGUUAUAUUUGCAGUAGGCAGACUUAUUUAUCUCCCUGUGUUUAGGAGACAGUUCAUACAGUCAGUAAGAGCAGAUUGAAGGUGAAAGUGGAGUGAUUUUUGUUUUGCAGUCUGAGCUGAUGCUGGAGGAGAGGGCUUUUUUUAGAGUGACGGAUCUGAUCGAUAGACCAGUCUGUCAGCCUGAUAUGUUUGGAUUAUCACACACACACACACACAUGAAUGCACACACACAUACACACAGAUGCCACAGAAGAUGGACACAUCCCUAACAGCUAGUGACUGGUUCUUAAAUAAUAUAUCCGCAUCUGCCACUGUUUGUUUGCAGAUAAUCCUGCUGAAUAAUACAUCAUCACCUACUAUAGAAUGUUUACUAGACUCUGUAUGGCCUUUAUUACCUUUCUCUGUUAUAUAAAAUCCUGUCUGUAUGAAUGUAACAUAGAAAAAGGAGAAGUUAUGCUUAUCAUCUGUGUGCCACAUGCAACCACAUUAUCAUAUGUGUCAUCUUACAGAGAGGAAAUUCAUUGAAAUUUUUUGGUUUUCACAAAUCUGAGUGAGUAGUUUGAGCAGCUCUGGACUUGAAAAUAUUCCAUACAACACUCUUUGACCAUUUUUGGCAGAAAAAUCUAAUAACAGAUUUUUCCUCAAGUUUUCCCCUCUUGAACUUGAGAAUGUGAAGCUGUUAAUAUUCAGCCUCGUGUCUGUGGUGCGUCAUUUAUUCACCAUUUCUUUGACAUAUAACCCCAAGUAUCUCAGAUCAGCCCAGCAUGGGUAAAAAAAAAUCUGCUCACAUGGUGUUUCAUAGGUCGAAACUCUGUAUUCAAAGGGGGUGGACCAUGUGUGCACGUAUAUGCAAAUGGUCUCGAAAGAAGCCCAGCCAUCAUCCCUCUUCUCUGACUGUCUUACUGACACAAAUUCUCACUGUCUCAUCCUAUUUUUAGUCCAAACAGCUCGUAGUUUCAUCCCCUGUAACCUAUUUUUUUCUGUCUGUAAGCAUACUGUUAAUUGAUUGAGAGGUUUUGUAGAGUUUCAGGUUUGGAUGUCAUGUCUCAUUUUUCACAGAAUGGCUGGAGAAGCUGUUUAGAUUGGUGCCCAGAGAUAGAAAUACAGACCUGAGAAAGAUCCCACUCAGUUUAUCCACACUAUUAUUUGCAGACACACGUUUUUACAAAUUUGAGCUCCCAGCAAACACUGUCACAUUGAAAUCGGAGAGUUAGAGAGUCUACAAUUUCACACCAUUAUCUGUGUGAUAUUAGAUUCUAGCGGUGAUACCAAAAGUGAAUGCAGCUAAAAUAUUGCAAAUGAGCAAUCUCAGGGUUUGUUGUUGAUUUGGCUCCCCAUUGAUGGUUACCUUGGCAACAAGAGGCAACUAGAGACAAUUAAAAGCCAUCUUUUUGAAAGGCUGGUUUGAUAGUUUCUGGAGUAGUUUCUACUCUUCUUAUUAGGACUCCGAUGAUAAGAGAGAUACUACUUUAACGUCUGCUAGUCCACAGUCGAACCCAAGACCAGCCAAGCUUGGCACAAACAUUAAAGGAAGGUAAAACUACAAAGUAAACAGUCACAUUUGGACGAUUUUGUAGCUGUCUUGUUUCCAGCAGCAGGGGUGUCUCUGUAUUUUUUUGACUUUGGUGGCCCAACCCACUGACUUAGCCAUUACAAUUGAAGUCCUACCUCUUACUGAGCAGAUGACAAAUAUAUUUCAUGGCUUGGCAAUUCUGACUAAACAAAGGGGUCCAUGCAAACCUGGGCCACCCCUCCACAUUGUAUUGUUAUUGGCAAAAGCCUAAUAAAUGUAACCCUAUAGUGGCAGACCCACAGGUAACAACCACCACCUCUGAAGCUUCACCAAGCUGUUUCAGUCCCUUUUUCAGCCUCGAGUUUAGAUUUUACGUAGACAUUGGAAGGACAGUCUAGUCUUGGUGAUUUAACAGCAGGCAGCUUUUUUCCGCAAAAUCUUAACUACUUGUGUAGCAUCAAGUAGCAGACAGGUUUUAAAUGAAGAUGAACAAACAGUAGUUGGCAUAAGAGAGAUUUUUUUUGUUUGUUUUUUGAGUUAGAGAAAACCAAAGAUGAUAAAAUGGUAAAAUGAUCUGCAACGUUGGGCACCUCUGGUCAAGGGCCUCUCUUUUAAAAAAAGUCAUCAUUUACAUUACCAGCUGUAUUUAUUGCCUCUAAAGUUAUCUGCUUGCUUGUCUCUUAAAUUUGAGAAAACUAACCCCAUAGUUUUAGUCUACUUUCCUUAUUUUGUGCAACGAUAAGCAGAUAACUAAGCUAAAAGUUAAUAGAUGUGUCAGCUUGCUAGCCAGUAUGACACAAUAUUGUACAGGUAGAGCCACGUAAAUGCAAGCAGUGUCGCCAACAGAGCGACUUUUUGCUCGUCUUUUAGUUAAAUGUAAGAUUUAGUGUGUUUUCUAUUUCGACAAGUUUUUGUUUGCUAGCUAGCAUAACGUGAGAGGCGUUUGCUACUGAGUCUCCUUGCUUAGUGGUUCUGUCUUUGUGCAAAGCUUGGCUAGCAACAGCUCGGGCAGAGAUAGAGAGGAGCUGAUUUUCUUUUUUCAAACCUGAGUGAAUAUUCUGUUAACGUUACAGCCUUCAGGUCGUCUUCCAUCAUAUUAUGAAUGUAUCUGCUGAGAAGUAUCUCUGUUUUAUUCAUACAAACUGCUGCAUGAGUUUCAUAUUCUCCAAAGGGGCCUUUUUUUUUUUUUUUUUUGACACACACUCAGUAUUUCAGAGUGGAAAGCGCUGGCUUAUUGUGUAUGGACGGCCACAACCGAGAGGAAAAGAUGAGUUUUUUCUCAAAUUUAUCUGCACCAGUUGGGACACACUCUCAGACAGAGGGGAGAGACAAACAGACACACACACACACUCGCACACACACACACACAGUGAGAACAGGCACACCCACGUUUUUUUCCACUCUUGUUCCUUCUGUCUCCCUCCAUCCCCUCUUUCACUCCAUCACACACACACACACACAAAUGUGCACAUGCGCACACACACGCACACUCACACACACAAGCUCGGCUGGCAUGCACUAAUGGAAAGCCAUGGUCUGGCAGGACUCAUCCCGCCACUUUCGACAGUAAUUGGCCGUUUGCUGUCAGACGGACCGAGACACACACAUGUGUACCCACACAUACACACACAUACACAAACAAACAACAAGAUUUGUGUGCGUCAUUUAUCUUCCCUGUCUGUCGCUGCAUCAUGCUCCUGGUCUUUGUUUCCUCGGACAGGCUUCUUUAAUCAGCUGCUUUGCAUCAUGGCUAAACACGUGGAAAACAGACUCUCUCUCUCUCUCUCUCUCUCUCCCUCUCUCUCUCUUGCUCUCCCUCUCUCCCUUGUCUAUCAGCCUUGUUGCCUCUGACAGCACUAGCCCAUGUUCUGCAUAUAAUUGCCGCAUCUUUGCAGGUUUGGAAUGACGUGAUGGGCUUUAGGGAUUUGUGUGUGUUUGUGUGGAGUGUCCAGGGAUAAAGUGGCAAACCCAGACUUCCCAAUUAGAUGUAAUCCAUUUAUUUCAAAGCACAGCCAUGCCAAAGUGGGAUAAGUUAGAGAGGAAAAUAAAACUAAGGCUGCAUUGAGGUGAAAACUGAUGCAAUGGUCCGUCCAGGUUUUAUGCUGUGGUUUACUGGAUAUGGAUCUGCAUUUAGAGACUCAACCCUGCAUGCAGCUCUUUUGCUUUAAACUGUCUGAUUCUCUCACCGCCUCCCUCUCGUCUUGUCUCCUAAUUUGUGUGCUCGGUGUGUCUGUAGAUCUUUUCAAGCUGAUUGAUUUAUUUGCUGCGGGGUCGUUACAGCACGAUGCUUCCAACCGGCUCCGUGUUACUGAUACACAGAGUCUCCAUUAGGCCCUGCAAGUCUGCAGCACACAGCCCUGCAUCUCUCUCAGGAGUGUAUUCUGUCAGUGUUGGACACACAACAGUUUAUGACAGAUGCAGCUUUAACAGUUUUAAGACUAUCCCUUGUAGCACUUCAGUAUUACAAAACAAAAAAGAAAAAAAAAGAAAGAAAAUCUCUCAGUUUCAACAGAUUUGUGCACUUAGUUGACUAAUUUAUUCUCAUUUUAUAUUUAUAUUUGAUCCAUUGAUCAAAAAAUGGCUUCAAAAUUGUAUGUGGACUGUGUAUAUCAGUUUAACGCAGCCUUGAAUAACAAGCACAGGCAUGUAUUAACCUGCAAGAUAGACUGAAGGCUGGUGGAGCUCACUCUGCUAAAUGUUUGCCCAUCUCGAAACCAAACCCAGACUCAGUCUUUUUCAUCUUUAGACCAGUUGGUGAGUGAGGAUUUAAACUUGCCUUUUUUAAAAGCCCCUAUAAGGAACUUUCUUUCUGUGUUGAUUUUGGUGCCCCGUGUGGAACCAUCUGUUACUGCUGAUUUCAUCUUGCUUUGUUAAAGUAGUGCCAGUUGACAAAUAAUCUCUUCCUGUUGCCGUUUAAAGUAAAAUUUAUCACUCACUGUAAAUAUUUACUGCUGGUAAUCGUAACAAAGGCUGUUUCUUUAGAGUUCACCACAAUAACAGACAUUAAAAAUUACAAUAUGGAAAUUGUCAGUCUUGUUGUUUAUGAUCUCUUAUGCCAUUGGACAUUAUAGAGAUGCAUCACUGUUCAUUUUAGUCUAUUUCAUUAACCUCCAAAAACUCCUCACAGUUGCUUUAAAUUCUGUUGAAAGCCCAAACACAUCCACAGUGUAGGCUUCAGGAGUUAAAUACAUUAACAUUUAGGACUCUGUUUCUCCUAAAUUUGUCUCAACAGGCCCUAGUCUUCCAGGUUGCUUAAUUCAUCCAUUAAAAUAUUUAUUAGCAGUCUUAAUGAUUGCACUACACCGAUAUUAAACCUUAAAUGACACACUAAACUGGAUGGAAAUACACAUAAGAAGCUUGAUGGUAAGUUAUUAGGGUAAAUACAAGCAAGGCUGCAGUCUGAAAAGGGAUGUGGGUUCAAAUACCACCAUUGCCACCACUUAUGAGACACUGCAGCCGGAGGGUUUUUGGUUUUUGUUUUUUUAAUCUAAAUAGACUAAACAACAAAAUAUGGACAAAUAAGAAUAAGAAACUAAUAAUGACUAAACUCACAGCAGCAUAAAACCUUUUGACUGUGUCUGGAAAUUUUCCACCUGAUUCCCACAGACACUUAAAUAUAUGAAUGUAUACGUUCUUCAGUUUUCAAAACCAGUUGUCCUCUUUGGGUUUUGUUGGUCUGAUGGUUACACUGCUUGACACUGCCCCAGUGAUAAUGACCAGUACUGUAAUAUUUGGUCCGGUAAUGUAAUAUCCAACGUAAGGCAUUUCUGAGCCUGUCCUCUUUUAAAAUUAUGUUGCAAAGUGCAAAAGGCUUUGAGAUAUUUUAAGAAAAUACUGCUUUAAGUUCACUACAUUCACAACAACAAUCAGUUCAAAUCCAUUUGGACGUGAAUUCUGUCUCGUAAUAUAGAAAUGCCAUUUUUUUAUAAAGGUUAAAUGGAUGUCAAUGAAACUGGGUUUAAGCAACUAUUUAAGCAUGAGGAAUAACAGCACGUUCCCCCCAUUAUAAGAGAACCACGAUGUUGACCUUAACAGUCAUAAGAAACUAAACUGAGCAGCAUCUGGUCCAUUAUUUCCAUUUUCUCUUGUUUCAUCUCUAACCUGUUAACCUACUGAAAGACCGCUUCAUGUGCUGUGUAUCCUCUAUGUCUCUCUCCCUGUUUUUUUCUCUCUCUCUUCUUCAGUGGCUUGAGGCUGGCCCUGGGAAGUUUGACAAGAUAACGAAUUGCCAUGCAUGCUGCAGUUUUUCACAUUUCACAGCCCAGUAACUCUGUAUGUAGGAGCGUGGGGUGGAUGGAUGGAGGGGAUGGGGGGAUGAUGGUUAGAGAAAGAGGAGGAGAAGAUGAGGGGAAAACAAAAGACACGAGCAGAGGUUAAAGGAAGAAAUGCAGGUGGAAGUUAGUCAGGAAAGAGGAGACUUUUUUUGUCUUUAUUUCUCAACUCUGUCCUUUUUUUUGUCUCUGCUGCCAUUCUUCCUGUUACCACAUGCACUCGUGCACUUAGGCAGACUCACACUCACACACUCUGAGUUAUGUAAUUGUCUGUGGUGCACAGCUGCUUCCUCAUAGUCACAGCGGACAGAAAGAGAGGAAGACGUGUGAGAAAAACAAAGGAACAGAGAGAAAAGGAGGAAAGAGGCAAGAGGAAAGUGAAAGAGCGACAAAGAGAACGACAUGGAAGAAAAAAAGAUGAAAACAGGAAGGAAUUAUGUAAAACUUCAAAUGUCAAAAAUAUCCUAAUAAAUGUCAAAUAUAGAUAGUACUUAAGAUAUUUCCUGAAUACAUCAAGCAAAACCUCAGCCAGUGCAGUUACUUAUGUAAUACGUGGGAAAAACGUAAUAGAACUGGAAGUGAGAAGUAUUUAAUAACCAGAUUUAAAAAAAGAAAACUAAAAAAUAGAUUUCUUCUUCUAAGCUAGCUCAGAAAAAGCACAAUAUGCUCAUUCUAGUUCAAUAUCCAGUAACUUUAUUUGUAUCAUCUGUCUUUUUAGGCCUGUUGACUCCUGGUUUUGCUCAGUAAAUAGUGUUGAAGCCUCUGCUAAGGUGUCAUCACCUGUAAGGACUGUUAUCACUGCCCAUCAGCUCUAAACUGAAUUACCGUAAUAACUAUAAUAUGGGUUGCCAUAAAGUUGACCUCGGUGAUCUUGUGACUUUUCUCAGAAUCUUAGCAGGAGGUCGUAGCUUCAUUUGUCUGAAACUGAGGACUUACUGCAGAUUUUUCAACAAAGCAAAAAAGUAAUACUCCUUUAUCCUGAUUGGCUGGCUGCAAUGAUCUUAACAAACUGUUGUCUUGCACUACAGCAAAGGCAGCUUAAUUGUUUAAAAGUCAACUAAGAGUUACUAUGAGUGAGUUCAAGUGAACGGAGCGGUCUAAGCAAACAAUGAGCAAACUAUGAAAUAUGGAGAUGUUUAACACAUGAUGCAGAAAUCAACUCAGCUUUAUUUAAAAAUGACUGAAAAAAAAUGUUCAAAGUGCAAAUGAAAACUUUUUAUGUUACUUCUCCGUCAUCAGUGUGUAAAAGAUCCAACAACACUAACAUGGGUCUAUUCCCUGCCGCUUAUCUGUUGUUGUGAUUUAUUCUUUUGACCUGAAUGACAGUUAAAGACUUGAUAUUUCAGUGUUAGCCUUGACUGUACCAAAUGGAGAAGUAUGGACAUGAAAAUUAAAAUUAAAACUGUAUGUCAGUAAGUGACAAGCAUGCACAAUUUUAACGAGCAUUUCUGACGUUCGUUUUAAGUAUGAUAUCAGGAAAGCACUAUUUCACAUGUUAAAAAAUACUGGUAGACUUAGGGAUCCUGUCAGUUUCCCUUCCUCCAUCCUCGGCAGAGUUUCCUACAAACCGCUUUCUUUUCCCGAAAAUAAUCUGACUCAGAUCAGGUUCAGUCUGUUUCAUAACCCAUUAAAAAUGUCUUAGAGGAGCUUUAACAUAUUUCCCCAAGCAAUAUCAAUCAGUAUUAUAACCUUACUAUCAUUUACUCUAUCUUUGAUUUCACCUACCAAACUUUUUAAAUGUCUCUUUUUGUAGCUGGAAGAAAAUGACUGAAAUCAACUCCAUGAAUUAAAACUUCAUAGCUGCUUUGUUGUUUUCUCACUUUUCUGUAACUUCACUCAGACUAAACCCACCAGGACCUGUCUGUACUGUCUUUAUGUGUCAGCUGUGAUUGACUGGCAGCCUGCGCAGGGUGACCUGCCUCAUGCCCAGUGCAUGCUGGGAGUGGCUACAACCUGCUGCGACUGACAGGACAAUCUUUAUAGAAAUAAAUGGACCCAAGUCUAAAGUAUGAUUGAUAAGCACUUAGUUAUGGAGCAUGUUAUAAGCACUCUAAUGUCAACAUUUUCUUAGCUAUAAUCAGAUGAUAAAUGAUGCUUUCCAUUCAAUUUUUUAAGAACUAAAGAAGUGAAAACAUCAAAGCUGUAAAAGAUCCAAGAUGAGUAAAAACAGAAGCCCAAAGUAGAGUCUUCACUUUUUACAGUGUGGAAACUGGUGCCAAUAUUUUCCUCCUUAUGAGCCGCUCUAAUCACUGCAUUCAUUCAUUUUCUUUUUUAUCGUUCCCCCAAACACACACACAGUUAUUGUUCUUUCCUCAUAAUUUGAAACCACUCGAGUUGAACUCAUACACUCACACGCACACACACACACAAACACACGCACACACUCUCACCCCAGAGUCCAUAAUUCAGUAAGUGAAUAAGGCGUUCAGUCUACGGUGGCAGAGAUUAGAUAAGAAAGUGAGCAGUCAGGCUGCUGCGGCAGGAAAGCAGAACAAAUGAACUGCACUGGUGAUGGAGAGAGAGCGUUUACUGUGAAAACCAUCGGCCUGAUCUUUCAAGAUGAGUGCUUCUCUAUAGAGGGCAGCUCUCCAGCACUAUUCACCACAGAGCCUGAUUACUACAGUUUACAAGGAGAUUUAGCCAUUCAUCUCUCCAUGCCUGCAGCAUGCUCUGGAUAUCUGCUUUUGUGGUGUGAAUCAUCUUAUUGUUUGUCAUGUGUUGCUUAUAUAUAUUGAUUUUUCUGUAUUUAUUAGAGUCUAACGUUCCGGGAAAUGGGCUUGUUUGCCGUGUGAUCUGCUGUCAGAUGAGGAAAUGUGCAUCAGUUUCUACUCUGAGGCUUCAGUAGAAGCAGGUGUAAAUCUGAGCGAAGAGAGAAAACUACUACAAGAAAAGAGCAGAUUCCACUAACUAAGGGAAAUAUACUUUAUAUGAUGGUUAAUAGACUGUGUUUAUGUAGCACUUUCUCUAGUCUUCUGACCACUCGAGGCACAUUUACAUCACAUGUCACAUUUGCCCAUUAACACCAAUUCUACACCUAGGAAGUUAAUAACCAUAUUUAAAGCCACUGUAAGAAAUUUUGCUAACACCUUACUUGACGCCUAUCUCUAUAACGCAUGUAUUAUGCGUUAUAAUCAUGUUAUAGCAUUGUAUAACUAGCUAUAAACACUCAUAAAUGAUCGUAGUGCUUUAUAGCAAUAAUCAUGACACAUUAUAAAACAUUUUAUCAUGACUUACAAGGUCAGGUAUUAUUAUGUGUUAUAACUGUUAACAACUCACUGACAAUGCCCACAUAGAUAAUGCAUUAUACAUAUAUUUGUGAUGUUAUAAUUUGCUUCUAAACUUGUAUAACUAUCAUUAUAAACACACAUUAUUUAUCAUAAGGUUUUAAAACAAUAAGCACAACACAUAGCUUUACAGUGCUAUAAUGUGAUCAUAAUGCAUUGUACAUAUAUUUAUAGUGAGUUAUAGAGAUAGACUUCAAGUAAAGUGUUACCAAAAUCUUAUCUUAUCUUUAAACGUUCUCAAAUUGAUAAUGCUGCUUCUUUUUGACACGAGAGUAACCGUCAGGAACAAGACUGACAAUUUCUAUCUUGUAAUUGGUAAUGCCUAAAACUACCACGUCAGACACGCAUGCCAUUUUUAAAAUUAAAAAUGAAUUUUUUAAUAGUAUUCACGAUUAGCAAUACAUGCAUGUACUGCUUUGUCUUGACACAAAGUUCCUCAUAGGAGCUGUAAUUCAAGCCAUGUUUGUAGUUCGAUAAGGCCAUUUAUUUGGAUAACUGUCUUUGUGCUUAUGUACAAUGACCAGGUGAGAAAACUCAGCCAUUACCUUUUACACAUCGAACUCUUCAGCUUGCCCUCUCGCCCUGCUUUCUCCACUUUGCAGUCUACCUCUUUUUAUGUUAGGGUCUGGUUUUAGCAGUGUCACAUGUUUUGUCUGUGAUGCCUGUUCUGCUCUGUUACUUCAGGUCUUCAGUCACGCUCUUCCUGCCUUGGUUUUAGCAUUCUGCGUUCACAUGCGAGGACAGUUAAUGCUGUUUUUCUUGAAAAUAACCAAAAAGUUCACCACUUUCCAACAGUAAGACAUUACAUUUAUGUGCUUUAUGCCCCUUUUCUACAAGAUUAUGAACACAAUAAUAAACGUACCCUCAGUUCAUUUUAUUGUGUAUGUCACUCCUCUAUUUUCUAAUCUCAGACCAGGUUUCUGCUCAAACACUUUUUUUGGGAAGUUAUUUCGGAAAAGAACAGCCGGGAGGGUUUGAUUUGAGUCCUUUUUAUUAAGAGAAAUCCUCCCGGUGAUGGCAGGCGGAGCUGUGUUGACACACACACACACACUCACAGACAAUCACACACACACACAGGUGUGCUGUGCAGUGUGUGUGUGCGUCUCUACAUCCUGCUGAGCCAGUGUUUGCAGACCGAUUGGCUCAGGGAUAAAGCCUUGUGACCUGGAAUCUUUCCAACCCUCUCCCUGCUCUCUGUCUUUCUCUCUCCCUCUGUCUGUCUUUUCUUCUCCACCCUCCUCCUCCUCCUCUCCCCCUCCGUGCUCCCCCUCAUGUCUGCCCCCCAAACAUCCUUUUGUUUGUGCACGUUUUUGAAUUUGCACAGUUGAAAAACACUGAAUAAAAGACAGGAAUGUGAAAAAGGCUAAAUAUAGCCAAAGUUUGCUUCUUGUGGUCUGAGUCAGCAGAGAGAAGAAGAAAUAACGGCUGAUGUGAACACAUUUUCCAAAUAAACAAUGACUUAGUGGGACCUGCUUCCUCUUAUUUUCUGUUUUCUUCUUCUCCUUUUUUUUCCCGCCACUGAAGGAACUUUCCAGAACUCCUCCAAAUAUAAAGAAUAAAACAGAUGCGGUCGAAAAAAUAUUUAAAAAACUCAUAAAAUUAACAUAAAUAUCACUUUAACACACAAACAUGUUUUAAAAGCAUGAUAAGACUGUAUAUCCUCUUUGUUUUUCCAGUUAACGCUCUUAUUUUUUAACUCUGCAGACUUUUAUUUUGUAAAUUUGUUUAAUAUCUCCACAUCUGGACGGAAACACGCCUUCUUCCUGUCUCUUUAGUUCUCAGGUCCUGCAAGAACCAACAUCCACCCGAGCAAACACACACACACCCACACAGAAGUCACAUGUACAGUGAGUGUGUGUGUGUGUUUGGGUAAUGACAUCAUUCAUAGUGUGCAGAGGAUGUUGACAGUAGCAGAGGAAGCGUGUGUGUAUGUGUGUGUAUAUGUGUGUAGCCUUGUUAGGCCUACAGUUGGCAGUUCACCUCCUGGGAUACACACACAAAAACACAAACACAUGCAAACACACUCGCUGCUGGUUUCCAUGAAGAUCCAGUCGACAGCAGAAUUAGACUGUUUUCAGUUUCAGAGUUUGGUUCGAUCAGGUUUAGUUUCUUUACAAAGACCUCAAAGUUUGCAUUAAUGUCUGACACCUUCUGCCUGCCAGUGGUUUCAGAUUUUAAUAUAAAACUUGAUUGAAAAAGUCAUUCUUAUUGAAGGUAUUGUUUGCUUAUGUAUAUCACAAAGAGCAUUAAUAUCAAUAUCAGUGCAUUUUAUAACUUCAUAAUCAAAAAUUCACUGUCAAGAUGGCAUUUAAUUACAUUUUUUUGCGGAUUUGCCCUUUAGAGUGGAUCUAGGCAUUAGAAAACAAUAGUGGCCUUUAUUACUCGUCUGUUUCAUAACCAUCUAAAGCCGCUGACAUAGAGCUUCAUAUGACAUGUUAUUGUUUUAUUCCUGCUUGCUUAAAAGUCAAAAAGAUCAUCAUGCAUUGACCAGAAAACCUGUCAUUUGUUUGUUUAACCACUGUUGUGGUUAGAUAAGCUGUGGUCUAAACUCUUUGUGUCUAUUAAGGGGAAUUUUUUUGGCAAGUUCACCACGGAUGUUUAUUAAUGCGUAGAUGGUAAACAGAGAUAAUGAGAAGAGAAGGAUCUUUGGUGCAUGCUCUAUUGAAUAAGAUAGCUAAGCAGUUCUGCCAGUGCUUGAAUAUACCAGCAUACAGCACUACAAACCUAAUUCUUAUACAUUAUUUAAGGUUGAAGGUUGAAGUGUUCUCUUUAAUUGGAAUUUCUUUUUGCAGAAUUAUGCAUUUUGUUGAGUGUAUGUGAGAUUUGCUCAGUCUGUCUGUCAAAUUUACGUCAGAUAAAGUGUGAGACAAAAACUCAUCCUGAUGCUGUUUUGAUACUGAAUAAGAGCCGCGGGGUUUUAUUAAUCCAGAGUGUAAACUGAUGGCACAGUUAUUAUCUUGUCAUCACGGCACAGAGCUUAAAUGUCAAUAUGCAAUAAUGUUGAACUGUUGCCUCAGAGCCUCAGUGAGGAGUGUCUGCAUGAAACCAGCUCCUGCAAGACUUUCAUUAGAGAUGUCACAUCGUCUCAGGGCAUUUGAGCGUAGUACACUGUGUAUGAGUGUAAAACUGUGUGCGUGUGUGUGUGUGUGUGUGUGUGUGUGUGGGAGAUGUCAGUGUUGAGACAGAACAAGAGACAGAGUUGCAGCGAGGACGGAGCGUGCCAGCGUUCCGGUGCGCCUUUCUGCAUGAAUGCAUGGGGUGUGUGUGUGUUUGUGUGGGUGUGUGUGGGUGCAGAGCGGGACACAGUAAAUGGGUCAGAUGCAGCGGAGGAGGAUGACCUUGGGAAUUUGUCCUGUUUUUCUUCCCUGCAGACGCAGUUCUUUGUCUCAGAUAUGGAGAGAGAGAAAGAAACACUGACAGCAGAAAAAAAGGGUCUAGUUUUACAUUUUUAUAGACAGGAGGGUCUUUCUGCUGUCUUUUCUCACACUUUCAGGGUCUAUACAGGAUGUUGCAUAAAGAUGUCCCACCAGGUUUAAGUUUUGGAGUGCUAGUAUUAUCAUAGAGUAGUUUUUUUCCAUGAGUUGGUCUCAGGUGAGUUGAUGUUCUUUGUGAUGCUCUGUCCUUCCACUGCAGUCACACCAGUUCACUGUCAACAGGUAUGAAGAGAGAAGACAUUAGAGUGCUUUUGUUGGACUUUUUCCAAUGGCACCAUCUUUGUCCUGCAUGUGCCAGAAGAUUUUUUUUUUCUUUUUUUAAAUAUUUAUUGCAUUUACAGACAUCAAAAACUACAAAGAGGAAGUUUAAAUCAACUUCAUAUUUGUCUUGUAUGCUUCUUUAGCUCUGAUAGAGACUUUGAUAGUUGUGUCAGUCUGUUUCAGAACCAACUUAAACCUCCACACAGGAGCUUUAAAAGCUUUUGAAAAACUUAAACAAGUAGACAAUCAUGUUACACUUAUUUUCCAUUUUUUCAUGUUAAAUUUGAAACUGUUCUAUGAAUCUUAGAGUCAGCCCUUAGAAAUAAAGAUGUUAAAUUUUAGCAAACUUAUUUUGACCUCAGUCUUUAGAGGGAUAUUCUGGUGUAAAAUUAAAUUAAUUAAGUAACACGGAGUUAGACACCCCCUCAAGAGAUGAAUGUAGCCGACCGCUUGCUUCGCUAGUUAUACCAACAUUAGUAACGACCGCGGUCUCAGAAGCCACAUGCUCAACCAAAACGCCACUCUAUAGCCACAAAUAAUGCUCAGAACAGCACCUAACUUCAUCAACAGUACAUAUAGGGUCCUAACCAUAGUACUAGCCACCAAACAUCUUUUUAGCUUUGCCUAAUUUCUUUAGCAAAGAGACUAAACACAACUCACCCACUCUCCUCUGGGAGCCUCUUGUUUAUACGGAGACCUCUGGGCAAGUCCAUCAACUGCAGAGGGGGGACGCAGCUCAAGGAAGAACAUUUAUGAUCAUUUCUUCAUGGACAUGCAAUCAGACUGAGACACUAUGGCAGAAGAACAACCGUGUCUGCAGUGCAAACUGAUGAAUAUGAUGAUUAUUACUUCAAGUAAUGUCAAACUUGGUGUUGCUGUGUGUUUGAUCCUAACUGAAUUUUACACCGGAAUAUCCCUUUAAGAGUUAGACUUAAUAAUAAAUGAGUAAAAUAAAACUAAAAUGUGAGUUAGGAGAACCUCUUCCAUGGUAAAUGGAAUAAAUAAUAAUGGUUGUCCUGGCAGAAGUCUGACACCUUCCUAACAUCUAUCAUAUUGAAACCAUCAGUUUUGUUGCCAAUGGUCUUAUUUGCUUUUAUAGGUCAUAAAGACACAUCAGCAUAAAUUUCUGUUUCAUUACCAGGGAAAAAUCUCCACUCAUGAGCUUUUAAGGACAAAACAAACACGGUCCAGAGUUAAACCAGGGUGUGCGGGGUUGUCCAGGUUCAACCUCAUUUGAUCGCACCUCUUUUUAGCAGCUGUCUUUGAUCUCAUCGCAUUAGUAUGUUUUUCAAUGUCGAACACAAGCUUCUCUUCUCUCUCUGCGCUCUUUCUGCCUUCAAACCAUAACUCCUCACAUACUCGGGUUAAAAGCAAACUGUGAGUACGUGAGUUCAGAUUUCUUUGCGCUCAGCUUCAUUAGCUGCUGCUGCUGUCGGGUUUACUUUUAAGUUUCCUGACACUCUGAUUGGCUGAGUCCACCUGAUGUGAUCUGUGGAUAUCAAACAGACGUGAAAACAGCUGUGGGGCCUCCAAUGUUUAAUGUGUGAGUCACUAAGUGAAUCCACAUUAUGUCAUUACCUCUGAUGUGUUUCCUGCUGCGGCUUUUAGUCAUCUGACUCUGAGUUUUGGAGAGGAGGAAAGUUCAGAGGUAAAAUAAACCUGAUUGGAUCAUCAGUUUUACUAAGAAGGAGCCCCUCCUGUCCAAAUAUUUUCUCCUUAAAGUCUUCCAGGCUGUCUUUACUGCUCCCCUUUGUCCACCUAAAUUGAUCCAGUCAAUCAUCAUGCUCUUUAAUGUCUGCGUUUUGGCUCAUUAGGUCUCAGUUUUUCACUAUUUGUCAUAUUUUGUGAGUAUUUCCAAAUCAGGCCAGCUGUGUGCGUCUUCAUGUGGACAAAUGGUUGUGGUGUCUAGCCCAGCAGUGCCAUCCCCGCCUGCUAUACUGGGGUAUGUGGGUCGUCGUCUAUUUUCAUCCACAAUGUUGCCGGCAGUACCUGAGGGAAUAGACAAGUGCUGCAAUGUGUGUGUGUGAAAACAUAUGCCUGUGGACCUAAACUACAUCACAACGGACAUGAACGGAGACCAAACAGAGACAGAGAUUUAGGAGUGUGUCCGCAGUAGUACAAGUUGAUUUGGAAAUGUGUCAAACCUGGUUUUCAUUUCCUGAAAGUCUUCAGGUGUGGAGCGACUAAUGGUUUAUCCUCUUUCUUUAUUUUUCUGUGCUUUCUCCCUCUUGUCUGGUAAUAAACUGAUGGUUGGUCUGGACACACUCAGCUCAGUUUUGGCAGCUCCAUUCUGCUGCCCUGUAGCUCUUGUUGUGCGCAGCAGUGAAGCCUUCCUGCAGUAUGCUUUUGUUUUUCUUAGAUAUUGCGUUUACUGUUAUUUUUAUAGCUACAUGUGUCACAGAUGAGCACAAGUCACUUUUGCAAGUCAAAGUCAAGUCUGAAGUCUUUUAGAUGAAACUCACCAGCACCUCAAAUCACACAACUUGUGUGUUGGAUGUUUUAUUAUAUCAACAGGUGUGUGUGGCAAAGAUUCCAGCGAUGUGAGACAGUUAAUUUUAAUAUGGGAGGAGGCGUCCUCAAUCAACAUAAACAUAUAUGUUUAGAUAGACUUUAUUAUUUACUGGUGAAGCAUAAAAAAGCUACUGUGGUUCAAUAGAAAAUGGAAAUAAGUGGUGUCACCCACUGUGUUGUUGUGUUGGUUUAUUGUUGUCCUAGUCCCUGUUACAGCAUGAGACCAGCGUGUCCACAGAGAGUUCAGCUGUGCGCCUCCAGCAAAGACAAGACCACGCUUUUCACAUUUAUGCACAUUAGUGUGGACAUGACCUCCACUUCCAGCCGGAUGAAAUGCAAACUCCACUUUGAUGCCAAUUGUAGACAAAAUUUGUGUGUGUGUGAGUGUGUGUGUGUCUGGGGAAGAGGGGCGAGCCAGCUGAAUUAUUUAGGGAUGAACUGCAGGACACAGCAAAGUGGAGAAAUAGAGGGUGUUCCUCUUUUCCCCCCAAGACAACUUUCUAAUGCAGAGAGGGCGUCAUCAGGCCGGUGUGGAAACACACGCACGUGCACAAAGUCAAAAUCACACACACAUUAGCACACACACACACACACACACACACAAACAGAGAGGCAUGCAUGAGUCAUGCGUCCACCCGCUCUGCUUUUCAGCAAGGCCAGGAGAUCAGUGGCUUCCUCAAAAUACAAAAAGGCCUCUGGAGGUGAAGACGAGACAGAGAGACCCUGGUGAGUGGAAAAAAAAAAGGUGUGAUGACAGUAGAAAGCUCCCUGGAGUCAUGCACACACACACGACAAACACAAUCUUAUUCAUCCAUCCUUAUGAGGACCUUUCCUUGACUAGAGCAUACACAACAGUGCAUUUUUGACUGAGCAGAGAUUCAGAUUUAAAGUUCCUAUGAGAAGUUUUUAUUUAUUUAUUUAUUUUUAAAUUUUUGAAAUACACUUGAAAUCAUAUUGAUGCUUUUUCAUGAUAUCAAAAAGGAAAACAAGAUCAUUCGUGACAAGACUGAAGCUUUAUAUCCUAAUUUUAACAGCUGAGGGGGUAGGUGUCAGGCUCAUGUGUGAAAACAGUUUUGGAAUUUCCCCCCGUGGGACUAUUAAAGGAAUAUCUUAUCUUAGCACAGCCCUACUUUUAAAAUUUCCAAGACAUGAUGCCAUACAAAGGUGAAGCAAUGAUCUUUGGGAACUUUUGAAUGUUAUAUUGUCUCAUAUCACAUUGAGCUAUCAGCAUUUCUUUUGAGUUUAAAGCAUGUUUCAGUGCUAACUAGAGGUGUUUCAUCCAGCUGCAGUGGCAAUAGCCAGUGUUUUUUCUUUUUGAAACCAAUAUGCAACUGAGCAGACAGACAGUAGAGAUAUUUCCACGACAUUACCCUAUCUUUAGAUAUAAAGCCAGCCGAAUGUUAGAGUCAACGCAAAAAGAUUUUACAGACCGGUAAAGCUGGCAGAUAUCUGACCAUGUGUUCUUGUUUGUUUUUCUCAAGAAGAACAAUUGCGCAGAAAAACUGGAAACUAGGAGUCUGAUUUUUUUUUCUUUUCAGACUCUUGAUCCUGCACUUCUACAUUUAAUAAUCGAGCCUCAUAUUAUAUGACUAUGUGUCCACAGAGAUUACUUUUAUGGGCCUGCCUUGGUCUCCAAGGACCUACACUCAAGUGUCCAUUUUUACAGCAGUAUUAAACAUUUUUACAGCCGGGUACAAAAACACUUGGGUCUUAAUGGCUGAUUUCUUAAUUGUAGACUAAGUGUUAUAGAGAAUUGCAUAUUUAGGCUGUGUUAACUCUCGGGUACAGGUGGAGGCAUUGUAACCAUUUGCCGGGAUUCUCAAGACCCACUUUGGCUCCAACUUUUGGCCUGUGACUACAUCGAAUUGAAGUUGGGUUUCAUCAACAUUUUCUAUUUGGUGACCACCAUCUUUUGGCGCUGAGAUGCCCUUAUGUUUUAAACAGGACCUUGAUGACUGUUAAGAACUAAAAAGGCACAUUGAAACAACAAGACAAUUCAAGUGCUUCGCCUAAGACUCUAAAAGAAUAAUGACAUAAGGAUGACAUUAUAAAAAAUGUGAACAAAGACAAUAAGGAGAAUAUUUUAUUAGGUUGGUCUCUGCAUUUCUCUACUAAGAAGAAAUAAAGAAGAUUGUAGAAAAAAGAGAGGAAGAAAUAAACAGAACUAGUAGAUUCAGUCCCUCAAACAAAAUAGUUUCAUUAAAAAACCAUCUCUAAAACCAAAGAACUGUAUGAGAAUAAAGAGAGACUCUUUAGUUCCCUAAAUUCAGAUUCUAUUGUGUUUCAGAGGCCUGAACAGAGAUCAGUCACAGUGUUGAAGGGAACAAUCGUGAAUACAUGUACGUGGAGGACGUGUUGCUUUGUUUUCUGGAUUUUAAGGGAGCAUAAACUCAUAAAAAUGGACAUGUGUUACAUUUUUCAGCGCAAUUAUGGUUUUUUUUGUAGCCUGGUGGUGGAUUUUGGUCUGUUCAGACUUUGAUUUUUUAUGUUUAGGGAGAUCAGUUCAGCUUAUUUUCACUCCAAACAACACAAAGAAGAUCAGAAACAGGCACACAGCUUCUGAAACUGUCUGACAUUGUAUUACUGAUUGCAUGUUUCUGUGCUGAAUAUAAUGAGUUAAUUAAUAAUCCUGAUAUGAUUUGUCUCCCUUUGAUAAAUUUUCGUCGGUCUAUUAGAGACGAUGCCAUGAAUUAAUUUAAACGAGUGGAACAUAAAGGAAGGGAUCAGCUGCUGCUCUGUCUUAAUGGAUUGACCCUUUCUAUAUAGAGUGUGUGUGUGUGUCUGUGUGUGUGUGAUGGGGGUUGAAGGGGGGCUGAUGUGAGGGAUGAGGUCAUGGUGUAGUGUGAGCAUGCGUGACUCUGUGUGUGUGUUAAACAAAGACAUUUGGGAGAGUGUCUUAGUGUGUGUAUGUAUAAGUGAUGACUUCAUUCGUUAUGCAUUUAUUUAUGAUCAGUGUUACGCCUCAGGCAGACUGUGUGUGGGUCUGAGUGUGAGUGUGUGUGUGUGUGUGUGUGUGUGUGUGUGUGGGUGGGGGGGUAUUUCUCACCUUAAAGGAAAAAGACAGAAAAGAGAAUUUAAUUUUCUGCUCUGUUGCAGUGAUUUUUGACAGUUGAGUCAGUAUCUAUGAGUGUAUCUGUGGGUAAUCUGUUGUUUUUAAAUCUUCUGAUUGAAAGAAACAGUCUGACAUUUUAAAAGGGAAGCUGUAAGACAACCAUAGAGUAAAAAAAAAAAUCUUAAAUAUAACUCCAGUAUCAGACUAGUUUCCUGAUAGAUGAAACUAUCUGCAUAUGGUGAACAGAAGCACCACACUAUAAGAAUGAAGUAAAUAAGGGGAUGUAUUGUCACACUCAUUUAUGGUAUAACAUGUAACAAUACAAGUUAAAUUUAAAGAUUUUUUUCCAGAGUAUUUUCACGGGUGUUGGUAAUUCAGUUUGUGUUCCAGCUUUGCUUCUUGUAAUCAUGUUUUAAUGCUUUGUUUUCAUCUUAAUGUCAUAUUUUUAUGCUUUAUUAAGUGUUUAAGACAUUAGCAUUCACCCUAAAGUAGACAUCAUUUUGAGACUGUAGCAUCAUCCGCGUCAUUAUCAGCUACAUAGUCCACAACGUUGUUCAUCAUUAUGUCGCCCGGCAUGUUACUUACCACACUGUUUGCAACAUAGUCUGCUAAAUAGUUCGCCACAUCAUUGGCCAUAACGUUUGCCAAAUUUUUCUUUACUAUAUUUUCUGAUGUUGUUCCUGAUUUUUUCUUUACAAUAUUUUCUGUCUUUGUGGGGUGGGAAUCACCAGUGGCCCCACAAUACAAUAUUAUCACGAUACUUGGGCCAAGAUACAAUAUUAUUGCGAUUUCUAACAUUUUGCAAUACAGUGAGUAUUGCGAUACAAUAUAUUGCCAUUUAUACAAUUUUUCAAUUGUUUAGCUAAUUUAGCAUUUGUCUUUCCUUUAUGAUUGUCUUAUUUACACUAUAUUUUAUUCUCUUGUAGCACUUCUUGCAAAUCUUAUAUACAGUAUAUAUAUUUGUUGUACUAACUUUCUCCUGCUCUAUGAUGUCACCUCUGCCAACCUCACUGGACAAACAGUUGAUUUUAUUUUUCCAUUAUCACAGAUUUGACUUCAUAUUAGCAAUUAAUUUGAAAAAAAUGAUACUUGGUAAAUGAGAUGUUACAAUAUAACAACAAACAAAAUAUCGCGGUACUAUACUGUAUCGAUUUUUUCUCCUGCCCCUAUUAUCCUCUACACUGUUUGCUACAAUAACAUUGUCCACUACAUUGUGAUCUACCUGUCCAUUAUGUCCACCUCUCUGUUACUGCCAUGAUGUUAAGAUGUACAUUCAGCAAAAAGCAUUAGAAAAUACCCCCAAACCAGUCCAAAUGUAUAUAUAAAGCUUUGGUUAGAUUAUUUAUAUUUGUACCAAGUCUAAACACUACAAAAAUACUCGUGGUAAAAAUAAGGAGCAUUAUUUUUGACUGACACUCACCUCAGUUUAACCUCAGUCUGUAGAGCAUCUAAAGUAAAAGCAGAGCAACAUUAAUAUACUUCCUGUUAUAUAAGAUUGUCAUAUUUGUAUAUAUUAGUAUUCUCGUGAGUUUGCGAUGCUUUUUUGUCAACAUGAAAUGAUGUGAAGACUAAAAGUAAAGAGUGUGUUUUCUCUCUGUUGUUGAACAUCUUAGAGCAGCAUGUGUAGGCCAGGUGAUGUUGUGUUAAUGAAGCUCUGGUCUGAGUAAGGACACAGAUGUGCUCACAGAUGUGUUUUCCUGAGUGGAAGGCAGAGACGGUUUUGCAUAAAAUUUUGGCUCCUCGGUUUUGUUCCCUCUGCAGAGACGCUUUUUUCCCGUAAAUGAUGAACUGCUCUGAAAUCAGUCGAGUGGCCGUGAUGAGAUAAAGUUAAGUGUUUGAAAUUCAGUCCAGCUGAGCAGUAAACUGAGACUCUUCUUCUUGGCUCAAGAGUUGAGUCGAAGCCUCUCUUCAGUGUGUAAACAGUUCACCAAACAGUAUCAUCACCAGCCGUCAGAGCUGCAGUUUACUCUCUGAUUCAAAUCAGCUGAUCCUCUGCACACUCUUUCUGAUAUCUCAGCUUUACUUAAGUGCAAAAAAAGCAUUAAACAACACCCCGGUAUCUUUAGGUCUGUCUUUACAUGCUGAAAAAUCAGGGUUUCUAUCAGAAUCACUGAAAACAGACUGCUCCACCCUCUACAAUGAAAAAACAAACAACUGGAAGAGGAUUUGUUGUGGAUCGAAAGGUCGUUUUUUCCUUCCUCUUGUGAAGUCAGACUCAGCUUGGGGAACUUGUAAAUCAUUAUCAUGUAUUAUGAUGACUGUGUUUCAGCAUUAACUUCAAUAAUGUGACACACAAAGGCAGUGGAUUGUAAGAAUCAAGAGAGAGACUGAGCCGUAGUUUUAGUUCAAUAACAUGUUAGACAUCUAAUUUGCUAACAUCACAGGGUUGCCUCUUAAACCGUAACCUCAGUGGUCUUACCUUCAUUGUUAGUCGCAUAAAUCUGGUAGCAGAAUGGGAAUCGUUCUUCCUUUAAACAUAUUUAAAAAAUGGAAAAUCAUUUGUCAAAAUUAAAUUUUAAAAAGUCGAGCUCAGUGUGAGACUACGAUGAUGGUUCAGUGUAAAACAAGAGUAAAGGUGAAAGCAAAGCAGUGUACUGAAAUCACUGGCUGCACAAGGCGUGUUCCAAAUCUCAGCUGGGUUUUUACAACUUCAUGUCGUAACUUUUUCCACACUGUUAACCUGCAUUUAAAAAAGUUCAUUAAAGUAUUUGUUCAGUAUUAAAAUAAACUAAAAAUGUGUUUCACUGGAGCGUCUCACUGAUCUGCAGCAUAACAGUCUUUAUCAGGUAGAUUGAGGUUGAACUUCUGAUGUCAUAUGUUGUGACAGAGAGGCUUCAUGUGAAGCUGAGGACUGACCCACACACACAAACACACAAACUUCAGACACACACACACACAGUGCUAUAGUUGUUGAUGUACCUCACACAGGGGAAAGGUGACUAUCUUCUUCUUCUACUCUAUUAUUGCUGGGUGACUGCCUCUUACUCUAUCAUUUUGUGUGUGUCCGUCAGUGUGUGUAUGUGUGUGUGUGUGUGUGUGUGUGUGUGUGUGUGUGUGUGUGUGUGUGUUUGCCUCCUUUUGUUCUCCUCCCAUCUCUCAUCUCGUCUUUGUCUCACUGUUGUUCUGCUGCUUUUCUUCGGCCCCUUCAUCGCUGUGAGCAACAAAGAUUAGCUUAGCGAGUGCGACACACACACACACACACACACACACACACACACGCUAGAGCACGCACACACACACUCAAGCGUCUUAUAACAGGCUGUUAACCCUCGUUUAUAAGUGCAGCCUCUGAAUCAGCUCGGUGAAAGGGAGUGUAAUCCCUGCCGGACGAUUUAAUGGUAAUCUCCAUAUCCUGAUUAGAUUACAAAUAAACACAUUUAAACACAUGCACGCACACACACAUGCACAUGUUGUCUGUGACACUUCCAAAAGCCAAAUCAAAACCAGAUUUUACUGAAAGUGAGACAUAUUUUCCUCCUUUUAUUCCUCCGGUCUGUAUUUAUUUAGUUGACUUUUAUUUCAUCUGUAUGCGUGUUUCUGGGUUACUCAGAGUUUUGGAUGUUUUUUUUGGUUUUUUUCAUCUUCAUGAUCACACGCAGUCUGCAGAUGUCUGCAAACAGACCCACUGAUGGUGUCUUUUUAUAGCACUUUUGCCUUUAUGUUUAGGAAACUGUCAGCAAAGUGACAAGAAACAUGUGGAGAGUCUUUGUGGCCGGCAGACGUGUGGAGCGCAUCAGUGCCUUUUCCUGUAUCUGAUGGGUUUAUUUUUAGAUUUGUUUUAACAUUUUAAUAUUCACCCGCUGAAAAACAGUUUUUAGCUUUGGCAGCUGACACACUUUACAUGGACUCGCUGUACUUGAGCUUCAACCCAAAUUUCUAAUUAUACAAAAGAUCACUUUAAAACUUUUUUUCCGUGUAGCUUGGCGGCAUUAUCCGCACACGAAGUAUCUGCUUUCAGUUGAUUCUUAUUUCUUAUGGAGCAGACAAAGUAGUAGAGCUCUACUCUAGUUGCUUGUUGGAAUAAGCAGGCUGUUAUUGUCUACUUGAGAGGUAGUCACAUAUAUUUACAUAGAAAUGUGGAGGCAGAUAACAAACAACCUGUUCUGCAUAAUUGGGUGCAAUAAGAGCUUCUUUGCAAGGCGGCUAAGGGCCUGCCUUGACUCUGCUUCAGAGUUUCCAAUAUGACGACCAGCAAAAUGCAGCUUUACAAACCAGUGUAUGAGUUCAGUGAGAUUACAUUCAUUUUUUUAUAUACUCUAUGGAAAGAAAUAGUUCCAGUCAGAGUACGCAAUAGCUGCACUUCCUCAACUGUUCGCUUGGAGACCCCAUUAGAGCCCGUGUUAUGUGCCUUUUUAUUACAGAAAUCACUUUCCAAACUCGUACAAAAAUAACGUUUUUGUCUCUACAUCUCUUUCCACUGCCUUUGACGUUUGCAAUGUGGGUGAAAUUUGAUCUAACUCACCAGAUUUCAUCGCAUUAAAUCUCCUGUGAGGAACUUUUGGUUUAUUUUGGAUGGAGCGGUUCAUGCUGUCUAUUUCCUGAUUUUGUCCUUUACAUACUUUUUUGCUCACUUCUGCUAUAGCAACAUUUUUAUUUUAUUAUUUAAAACUGGACGAGCUCAGUUGUUUUCUGAGUUGUUUUUGUCUCUAAUUGGCUGUCAAGAAGUCUGUUCCCAGACUUACUGCUAAGUGCAGCUCUAGUGUUACUGUAUUGAUAUUUCUGCAUUAAGUAGCAGGUAUACUGCAUUUUUAAAACCCUUCUUGUAAAGUCUUCCAGCAUUUGUUAUACAUUUAUUUAUUCUUGUCUGCAUUGGAAGCAAAAGUGUUGAUGGCUUUUCUCUGGAGACGCCACAAGAGACAGCAGUGACAAGAAACUCAGAUGACUUUUGCUCUCGUUUCAGGUUGAAUUUGUUGUAUGCUUGUAUAUGCACAUUAUUAAUUUAUUAGCUUUGAUUUUCUUGCAGUGCAGAGAGCAGCCACAAAUGUUAGUACUUUUUUCUCCCCAAGCACAACAUUGCAAACAUCCAAAUCUUUAAUUGGUGGGUCAAGUCCGUCGUUCAAACUUAACAGAUGUGUUUUUAUUACUUUAAUUCAUUUAUCUGCUUUAUUUAUUAAAUUUAAGUCCCUCCAUCUGUUCCCUAUAAAAUACACAACCACAAAAGACUGUUCUAUUUUAGUGCCGUGACCUCUACCAUGGCUCUACAGACACCACUGAGCUGCGAAGACACACACACACACAGACACACACACACACACACUCAACCAUCAUUAAAUGAAUGUAUUCUUCAGACUGCAGGCUGUCAGCAAUACACCAGGAAUACAUCAGGGGGUAAAAGUCAGCAUGUGCGCUGUUGUACACAGUCUGUCCUUUACACACACGCAAGCACACACCCACACACACAUAUACAGAGCACCAUGCAGCUGACAUCAUAUAUAAACACCAUCAUCACGCAGAACAUCAUUUAACAGCUUGUGGUGUCUGUUUGUGUUCAGACUGAUGUGCCGGUGAUAAAAUCCUGCUUGUUGUUCGGAGGAGAAGCCAUUUAAACUAAACGAUCGUCACCAACAAUAACCCCAUUUAACUGCAUGAGGAAUAGCCGAUGAGCGACAGUUCGCCCAAUAACUGCUGGGUGAGCUAAUGAGCUCUUUGCCAGCGGCGAGAUGGAAAUAGGAAGUCGAAUCUGUAACUGAAGGAGAAGAAUUAUGCUUCUGUUUUAUUUACUCAUUGAGAGAUUUAUUCAUCACACCAGCUACAAAUUGAAAACUAUUAAUGUAAUUGUGUUUGGUUGCAAUACUGAGUGGGUGUGUGAGGCGAUAGUUUUUAAAUCUUCAGGUUAAAAUUUCACUGGAUGGCAGGAUCAUUAUUCACCUCUGGAAGGUAAAGUACAAUGUGCUGUUCACAAUCACCUAAGGAUAAACCCCCAAAGGUUUGGUAUUGGUCAAAUCUUUUGUUACUCUUACUACACUUUUUGGCUGUAGUCUAUCAAAAGUUGCUCAGUCUAACUAGAUGGUAAUUCACACUUCCAACUUGUCAAACUCUUUCCAUUCUGAUUUAAUUGACCUUUUCUCCAGCACGUCAAUCUGUGCAAAAUCGACCAAAUUAGCUGUUUUAAAAACUGUCAGAAUAACUAAAUAAUCUGGCUGUCCUCUUUACAACAUGAUUAUAAAGGACUUGGGCACAGUCUUGUUGUCAGAGGACUGAAGUCAGAGUGCCAUAAAUCUGUGUCCCUCAUAACAGCCUGCAGAGGUUGACUCUAAAAAAGUUUCAAAAGACCAGAUCCACAAGUAGGAGUCCCAAAAUCACAUACUUGUGUUGCUGAAAAGGAAACUACUUACGCCAGGGUUGUAGGGUAGUAUUCAAAGUAUCUGCCAUUAGCUUCAGCCCGGGUUACAAGCAGAUAGAACUACAGCUUAGACACAACACUUCACCAUUUCAUUUUGGCAUUUUCAGCCUCUAACAAAAAAUCUUAAUUAUCAGUUUAACUGACUAGUUCUGACAACUACUAGCAUGCAUUAAAAGACUUUACCAUUUUGAUGACACAUACAGGUAAGCACAAAUAGAAUUAUCCCUUAAUUCUUACUAUUGUGCUCCAAGUUAUAAAACAUCCACCAUUAAUAUCAAGAAUCCGAAAAGUAUAACAAUUUUACUGAUUUCUGAUUGACUAGCCGCUACAAAGACAAUCAGUACUGAAAAACCAUAACUGAUAACACCGUGAAUCCAUUACAACUCAACUGCUAACAUUGACAGAGCUAGCAUUUACACUUGAGAAUCACUUAUAGAUAAGUCAAGACGCGUAUUAUCUUAAUAUGUCAUUAUCUUAAUAUUUAUCUAAUUCUUGUUAAAACUGCGAGAAGGUAACACCUACUGUGUUACCCUCUCUUUAAGCUCCACUGACAUUUUAUUACGAUUUUAGCCUCCAUGUGCAGUCCGUACUUAGACUGUCAGUGAUGAAAAUGACUGUGAGCAUCACUUCAUCAUUUAAAUGGUCUAAAUAUGGAGCGUUAUUCAUUAUUUAGAGACAGACCUUCCUGCAUUCUUCAGCCCUCUAACUUUUUGAUGAUUUCAAAUGAAAAGGUUCCAGUAACAAGAACCAAACCAUUGAGUCCUGCAGGUUCUUUCUCAAACACCCCCUAUAAAGGAAGGGUACAGGUCCUGUGAGCAGCGGUGACAUAAAUAGCUUAUGUUCCUGAAGCCAGCAUCACAAAGUCAGCAGCUCAAGGAGCAGCAGGGUGGUUCGGUCAGAGAAUUACAGUAACAAUGUUAGCCUUCGUUAUAUCCGGCAGUGGUUCUGCCCUCUGACAGACUCGGCAGGCCUCAGGUGUUAAAGCCUGAUCCUCUCGCUGCUUUUCUCUGACACCAACACGAGAAAAAAAAAAAUGUCCGUGAACUCGGUCAGACCCCCCUCCAGGACCCUCCACAGGAGGGCGGGGCUGUAAAGGCCACGCUCAACUCAGCUUGACUGACCUUAAACAUGCUUGUACUUCUUCACACUCACACGCAGAGUGGCACACACGCACAGGGUUAUAGAUGGGCUGUCAUAUUGUCACACACUGUAGAAAAUGCAGCGGUACUAUCAGCGUUUUCCAAAGCAGGAUUCAAAGCACUGCUACCUGCUGACAGCUGCUGAUACCGAAGUAAAACUCACCUCACUUCACAAAGCACAAGUAUAAAAGUAAUCACAUGUGAAUUUGCAUACUUAUCAUGAUUGGACCAGCUGCUGUGCACACGCCACGGUAUGUCUUUCAUACACCUAAAUAAAACCAGAACCCCCCUGUGGAUUUGGAUGGUAGAUAUAAAAUGUGAAUGUGUGUGCGAAGAGUAUGUGUGCGCAGGCGGUCACAUGCACGCUAUCUCCUCUUUGGCUAGUUGGCAGGAAUGCAGUCUCAUAUCUCAGCAUUUACAUAAUGUUCUACUUCAGUGGGUUCAGUGGGUUCAGUGCAGUGUGUUAAGGAAAGCUGGUGAAUGCACAAAUGAGCUCUGUGAAAUGUUUUAUUAUCUCGGUGUUAAUGUUUCCAAUGUGUUUAUAGGAAAUGCAUACAGAAUGUACUUUAAUAACGAUAAUUUCCUUUGAAAAUAGCAUUACCAUAUACAUACAGCGUACAUUCAGUGUAUGCAUUUAAAAGAAGUAACUACAUUUGUUGCAGCAGCAGCAGUUUUGAAGUCUGAAGUUUAAUGAAGCAGAUUCUGAGAGUUUUUUUUUUUUCUUCUGAAAUGCAGUUUUAAUAAAGUAGAAUCACAAAACCUUGCUGUUAUUUUUCUGUGGUUUAAACAUCUCAGAUUUAAUUCUUACAUUUCUAACCCUGCACUUUAAUUUUAGCAGAUCACUUUAGAGACCAGAAUACAAAGGGGGAUUUGUUGUCCUUGAGCACCAGAGAGAUGGGUAUUUGGAGGGACACAGUGAUGGUCAGGAAGUUUUUAAUCAAAGCAGCAGAGUUAUUAAACAAACACAUAGAACCACAGGAGACAGUUUUGGGAUCAUGUGUCAGGCUCAAGGACACUUUGACAUGUGGAAAGUGGGACCCCCAUCCUUCCAACUGAGAGACAGUUAGGAGCCUCUUCCUUGUGGCAGGCUCAAAGAGACCAUUUUAAAAAAACCUAAUCACAGAUAAUCUCACCCUGAUCCUCAAAGUCGCUUUAUUAAGAAGUCAACACUAGAGUGUGUCGGUACGUUAUUGAAAUAACUAGAGAUGCAACUAGGCUGUCAUCCAGCGGAAAGACUCUAAGAUACUUACACAUACUGACACUUACGGCCUAAUUAUUUAUAAAAUGUAGUGUUUCAAACCAUUGUAAUAUUGAUGGUAAACAAUAUAUCUGGGUGUAGUUUAUACAGUAUCAAUGCAGUGUAUAUGGAGUAUACAGUAUAUUAUGUCUCUGCUUUAUUUGACUGAAUAACUCUGGAUGUGAACAUAAAAAAGUCACUUUUAACCCUUUGUGUAGUCGACAAGUAAUGCUGUAAUAAUCAUAAAACAACCAAAAUACAUCAUUUAAUACCAGUUAUCACCUUUUUCAGUUAAGCAGAGCAACAGCACAAUUGUGCGUUGUACUGUGGAUGUUUGUUUUUUCAACGAUUGUGAACUCUUUAACUUGAAAUGGUUUUGUUGUCCCCGGAAUCAUUUUUGAUAAAGACUAGGUCUCACUUCUGCUGACAUUGAUGAUCUAAAAAGAGGAAUUUAAAACUGAAGUUUUACCAUUUUAACUAAAGUAAUGUCCAAGUGCUUUUUCUUUUCAUACUGAUCCUUUUGGGGGCCAAAGUUUCACUUUCUUUCUCGUCUCUUUCUCAGCAAACAAAUGACAAUAUAGUUUCUGUGACAUUAUGGGAUAGUCGGCGGUUAAUACUGCUACAUAAUCAGUCCCUGAGCUCGAGAAAUACAGUAAGCUCUUAUAUUGUUAAACUAGACUUGAUACUCACAAAGAUGCAGAGCUGAUAAGUCAAUAGGUGAUGUCUGGUUUUCUAUUCUUGCCCAACAAAUAUUCAACAUCCAGCCAUUUCCCAACGUGGUAUUGUGUUAGCAAACAGCAAAACAGCGCAGAUUGAUCGUGACCAAAGCGAAGCUGGAGGGCAGAUUUCAGACCUGGUCCCAGAGAGUCUGGGCCCUGACAGACAGCGGAGGGGACAAAUGAGACAGUGUCAAUAUUGAAACAGGCUAAUGGGCUAAUGAAUGUGGAGAGUUCUGCCUAAUGUUCCCAACAGAGCUCCUAGCAAAACCAUUAAAGCACUUUUAUAUGACGAGACAGGCACAAUGCAGUAACUCGAUUUAUGGGGUACUUUCAUGGUCAAUUAGAGUGGGAGAGAGAGGAGAGAGAGGCCUGAUAGGAGAGGUUAGAGAGUGUGUGUGUGUGGUGUGUAUAUGUGAUAUGAGCUUAUUAGCUUUAGACAGGGUUACGCCUGCUUUUGUCAAUAUUGUCCUGAGCUGCGUUACUUUUGAUUGUGUCAUUUGGAUCAGUAUGUAGACAGAAUAAACAACCACCCAAUAAAUAUUCUGUCACUCUGACUUUAUCAGAUCUGACCUGCUUGAAUUGGACACAUGUGACCGACUGGACAUUUUGAGUCGAAGACUAAUACCACUUUAAAGAGUCAUCUGGGGAUUAUUAUAACCUCAUAUUUCAGACUGAAUAAUAAAGUUUGACAUUACUUUUAUGAAAGCUUUUGCUCCUUGUGGAACUAUAUUAUCGCCUCCUUGAUUAACUUUUAUACAGCUCCGGCAGGUGUGGCUAAAUGUCCUAUCAUCUCAAAAUUUAUCCACAAGACUUUAAAGUAACACAGUCGAAAAGAAAAUGUCUGACUCUCGUCUCCAGACCCUAUCCUGCAAAUCUUUUGUCAAACAAAGCAGGGCAGGGUUAUAUUAAAGUAAAUGUUGAGAUACCGCUAGUGCAUCAUUUUUCUUCAUUUUGCUCUCGCUGGAUUUUCAUUCCCUCAAAGGUCAGAGCAGUUGAACUGAAGGAGGGUUCAGCCUUUAGCAUGACAGGCACUUUGUCUGUUAAAGAAGAUGUUUAUUGACAGAUUAAAUAACCAGAUUCUCCACAGAAGGCUUCAAAAAGUCCUUUGUACCUUCAGAUGUGGCAUUUGUGAAGGAAUUAUUAUGAUGGAUGUGUUUUGACAUUUGGAUUUGAGGUAUUUUAUGUCUAUUUUCUGGGUCUCUUUGGUUGAAUCAGUAAAGGUUGACCCAUCCAUCCAUUCGCCUGCUGCUCUUUGCAUUUAAACAUAAACUUCUGCACAGACGAAACUAGUCAGACAAAUGAUUCAUAAAACCAAAUGUUGAAAAGCAGACUGGUUUAUCUGUGGAGGCUGUUGUGUAUACCUAAGUUGAUAAAAAACAGUCUGUGAAAAACAUAGAAUAUGUAUACUAUACGAAAAGUAACAACUGUUGGAAUACAAAGCAAGGGGCAGUAGUGUUUCUUUACUGCGGUUAACACGUCAUGAAACAGGAGAGAUGAAAAAGAAGCAGCAGCUGUCUGCGAGCUAGCUGUAACAGCUCAAUAAGAGAUGAUGAGACACUUAAAAACUGAUUCUUAAAGAUUUACAGUGAAUCCGAUAACAAGUCAAAACUUGCAUCUAAAAUAAACAACGUACUUUUACCAUGCCGGAAUAAAAGAAACCUAAAAACAAGACAGAGAAACAUAUCAAAAUAAAAGAAUAGCAAUCACUUUUGAGGUAAUGUCGUCUAAUGUCUUGCCAAAUUUUCCACAUACAUCCAUUAUCCAGAAGUGUAAAUACGAUGUUGUGAUAGCUGUACUAUGCAUUUUAUUGCCAGACAAAAGAUAAGAAAUAAUGUCCACCGACAGCCUAAGUUGUAAAGUUGUUGUGUCUUUACUAUCAGCCCCUGAAAAACUUUCAAAAUGAUCCCCUCUGAGUCGUACAUGCUUCUCUCUGUUUCACAAAUUCAGACAUUUUCCACCUCUUCUCCCUCUUUCUCUCUCUCUGUUGCGUUACUGUUUUCCUCGGAGAGUUGUUGCGGCAGGCAGAAUCAGUGGAGGAUAUUUUUAGUUUGCAAAAAGCAGCUCAGGUAGUACAGUUUCUCCCCUCUCUUUCAGAGAAAAACAGGUUUGAAUGAAACGCCUCAGUGGUUUGAGCAGGAAUUCAAUGCUUAGGCCUGAUUCAGUGACCCCCGUGGUGUUAUUUAUGACAUAAAACUGUCUGUUACUUUGUGCUUCCCAGCUAGCAUUGAGUUAGCUUGUACUAAGCCCUGUGCUCAAACAGCUUCCUUUGUUUUUACAUACAGGAGAAGAUUGUUAUGCUUUUGUCAGUUUCUCUGUUGAGGUUGUGCUGCAUGUUUGGGUUCUUGAUUCUGUGGUAAUAUUUUCCCUUCUCCUGCAGUCAUUUGAUUCACUAUUUAUGAGAAAAGACAUUGUCAAAUGGAUUUUUAUCUUGUCGAAUCUUGGCGCAGAAGCAUAUUUGUUAUCUUUCUUUAUCCAAAACUUAGAGCAAGUCUCUCUUGAAAGCUUAUUUCGAUGUUACAUUAAUAAUGAAACAUUAACUAUUUAGGAUAUCAAGCUGUAAGUUGUUAGAGCUGAAGAUAUGAACAGACCUCCCCAAAGACAGAAAGUCUAACAAACAUUUUCUCCUUCUGCUGUGUUUGUGAUGUGAAACAGCUAAUGUCUGAUUUGUUUAUCCCGUUAUAUGUCAUGUCAGUUCUUUUGUAUGUGUCGAGAUGCAGUAUUUAUUUGGCUCAGAGGCUGAUGCAUGGUGUGGGUUUGCAGUUUGUGUUCUGAUUUUCCUAAAGAUUUGUCUCCACAGUCAAAAGCUGGGAUCUGUUACACAAAGCACAUCAUGGCGGCUUUGAAAUUCAGUAGAUGGAAACUGGUUUUUACGAAGCAGUAACAAAUAUUUUGUCAAUGAAAAACAAAAAAAUAUAUACUUUUAGUCAGAAGAUAGAACUACUGGAACUUUCUUUAAAUUACAGAAACUGUGUCAGGACAUAGAGUCAGAAAGUCAUUUAUGGUUUAUUAUGAUAAUUCCUCCAUGUCUUGUUGUAAAGGAUGUUUUCAUACCUACAGCUUGUUUGCCUAGUUUCGAUUUCUGUGAUAACAUGAUAUAUUGUUGUAUUUCCCUCUUGGGUCCUUCUGUGUCCAGACUGCAGUACUGUAAAGUGGGCCAAAGCACUCAUCACUGCAGGACUGUCCUUAUGUGACUCUAACAACGCACAGGUAAACUAAUGCCCUGCACACUGCUCUCACUUUGCAUUGUGCAAAGCUAGUUCCAAGAUGCUGCCCAUCAAUUGGCUGCCAUUUUGACGUCCAACAAAAUGAGUCAUGGGUUGACAUGAAGCUUUGAUAUAAUCUGAUAUGACCCAUUCACAGAAAUAGUUCAUAGUUUCCGCUGUGAAUAAAUAAAAAAAAGAGGAAGGUUCUUAUGGUUCCUAAAACUAUAGAAAAGUUCCUUUGUUCAUGCUUUAUUAUUGUCAGCCUGCUGUUGAUACUAUUGUAAUUAUGACUGGAACUAUUGUUGCUGUUGGGUUGAUCAUGCUCUCACUACAUAUGAACCUCCACUGGAACUGAGACCUCUACCCUUACCAGGGGAUCUUGGCUGACUACUUUUUAAAAAAUCUACAUUAGAGUGCGAUUGCUGUGUAAUAUGUCUGAAUGACCCGAGUCAGGAGGGACAUGCUCCCAGCAAAAUCCAGGUAUGAAAGCACUCUAAAUUAACCAUUUAAAGCCAAUGAAUCAAGAAUAUACAAAGAUGGAUAUUAAAACAUGGCAACAAAUCAAAAUCCCAUAGUGUGAAACCCACUUAUGUCCUCACAUAUGAUUCUGGCAGUUCUGUCAGAUCUCCCCGUAGAUGGCAAGAUAUAAAUCAUUUUCGCAUUCUGGCAGGUAUUUCAGGUUUGAGUGGAACUAGUCAGACAGUUUCUGAGCAGUUUCUCUUUGUGGAGGACCCAAAGCCCCAGAAUGAAUGAGUGAGUCCAUAAAUCACAACCUAAGCUGGAUUUCAUUGUGUGGUUUCUAUUCAGGAGAUUCUUUGUCCUCUAUCAGCUCCUGCAUGGAGCUUUCAUCAAACCACUCGUUAGAAGUGUCUCUUUACCUCUCACAUUUACUCCUGUUUAAGUUUCAGAGUCAAUGGUUUUCCUAAAGUCAAGAGUUUGGUGUUCACUUAUAGUCCGUGGCCCUCGCACUGUGGUGUGAAUGGAAGGGAACAAAGGCACUCAGAGUGAAAAACCCUCAGGGCUUUAAGUAUCUCAGCCUCACUUUAGCUGAUAAAAACUGUAUUUACAGAAAAUGAAUAAAAACAUUGAUGAGAUUCAUUCACACACUUUAGUCAGAAAUGAGAUUAUUAUUGAUUCCUGCGAGGGGAAAGUCAUUACAGCUGGAUUCUGAAGUGUGACAAAGCAAAAACAAUAAGAGUACCUCAAUAUCAAUGUUGUAACAGGGGAGCUGAAUUUGUCUAGUUAAUGUACUUUACUGGCAGUGAGUUGGAUUUAUUUUUUUUUUAUUAAAGUAAGUGCAUUAUCGCUCAAAAAAACUAAUCAGGAACAAGAGAAGACAUUAUUUAACUCGUUUUCCCAUCAUUCAGAUUCUUCCUAUAAGUCAAUUAUGCUUAAGUAACUUCAUUGCCUGCGUGUUUUUGCAAGUUUUGCCUGCUUUUUUCAAAAUGCAAUCAUAUAUUUGCAUUAGACUAUGGAACUCAUGAUUAACCACAUUUUUAGUCACGUGGUCAAUAUCCAGUUAUUGUGCAUAGCUAAACCAGUCCGCGUUAACAAUGUAAAACAACUCCUUCCAGUGUCUUGAUUUGAGAAUCAAAUGAGCGCAGCAAAAAGUUAUUUACGAACUUGACUUGAUUAUUUAUUAAAAUGCUAAACUGCUACGCUAGCAUGGUUUAGAUCAGGGGUGGGCAAUUAAUUUUUACAUGGGGCCACAUGAGAAACCUGAACUGUGUUGGAGGGCUGAAAGCUUAAGCUUAAAGUCUUUUAUGAUAAGCGGAUUUGGCAGCUCUAAGGCGUCUACGAAUAUUUUUCCGAUGUUUAAACUUGUCUCUGUUCACGAAUGCAGAUCUAGGAUGUGCGCACGUGCGUCCAAACGGAAAUAAAACAGCAGCUUGGUUUUCAAUAAAAAAAGCGACUCACUUGUAUAGCAUGUUGAUGAUUUGAUUGACGGACCUCACGAAGGGCUGGGCAGGGACAUCCAAAGAGCCGGAUGUGGCCCUCGGGCCGUAAAAUGCCCAGGUCUGGUCUAGAUCAACUUUUAAGUCUGAUUGGGCCAGACUUAAAGUGGGGUCCAUUUUUUUUUAAACUGAGGCCCCCCUAGGAUCCGCCCCUGCAAAACAAUGAUCUGCUUAACUUUGUGAUACACUGUCACUGUUAUCAGUUGUUUUUGCUGCACCUGUAUGCUUGGAUCAGAGGUGAUAGCUCAGCGUUAAAGUCCCUCUGUGAUAUUUUGACACAAAGUGCAUGUUAGUUUUGACUUGUCAGCUGAGCCAUCUGGGAUUUUUUAUUUGUUUUUUUGUUACUUGCGUGCAGCGGUCUUCUUAUCUAUCACAAUGGCAGCAGGAAGCAGGAAGACACUGUCGUGGCUUAUCUUUGUUGUGCAGAAUGGAACAAAAUAGCAUGCAGUUAGAAAACUAAGGAAAAAAUACAUUUUAAAUGCUACUAUGGCAGUUUUAUGCAAGAGAGUCUUUAAAAAGCAGACGUUUCACCUUUUCAAUAAGGUUGUAAAGCUCAGAUUAUGCUGGAGCCUUCAGAGGUGAUAUGCAGCUAGAAAAGAUACAGAAAAUCCUCCAGAAAUGCUUCAAAAAUGAGGCUUUUUCUCAGACAAAAACGCUAAAACUGCUGCAGUCUAGUCACGUAUUAUUGCUAGAUAGCAUCAUAGACAAUACACAACAGUGUGUGUUAUUGAAAAAUCACACAAUAUUGUAAAGUUCAUGGGAGAAUUGGGUCUAAAAGGCACUUUAGCAUUUAUAGAUAAAACCCACUCAUGUACAAGAGGACUUAAAGGGUAUUGAGAGAGAGCAUGUGUGUGUGUGAGAGAGAGAGAAAGAGAGAGAGGGAGAGAGAGAGAGAGAGUGUGUAUGUGUGUAUAUAAACCGUCUGCAUAUGAUGUGUAGACAGCAGGACCAUCAUUAUUCCAGUCUGGACAAAUGCCUCAUGUUGGAGGACAGGCCGACCAACAUGAUGAAUAACUGAGAGAGAGAGCGAGAGAGGAGAGAAAGAUACACAGACUGUGACAAGGCGAGGGAGAGAGACAGAGCUAGACUACGAGAGAAAGAGAGAGAAACACAAAGACAGAGCGAGACAGAGACAGAGAAGAAAAAAGGAGAGAAAGAGACAGACGGGAGAGACAGAAAAGAGAGAAAGUAGCUUCAUUAACAGAAAGCACAACAGACAGAGGAACAGAUGAUUGUGCCGCAGAUUUCAAUCCCUACAUCUCAGCCAAUUACUGAAAUAGCUGGGACGGACACACACACACACACACACACACACAACACACACACACACACAUAAACACAGGGAAAGGGACAAAGAGACUGGCCAUAAGCCUGGUUAAGCAGUAUUAAAUUAUUCCUCAAAUUAAAAGGCCGUACCUGCCCUGUCCUCCUAGAGCUCUGUGUGUGUGUGUGUGUGUGUGUGUGUGUGUGUGUGUGUGUGUGUGUGUGUGUGUGUGUGUGUGUGUGUGUGUGUGUGUGUGUUAGAGAGAGAGAGAGAGAGUGAUUAAGCUGUUAAUUAAUUUUAUGUCCUUGUAUUUAAUAAGCGUGGACAGUGAAAAUUUAGUGCAUGUGCGCGUGAGUGUGUGUGAAAGAGAGAGUUUGGGAGACAGAGACAGAGAAAGGGAGGAGUGUGUGUGUGUGUGUGUGUGUGUGUGUGUGUGUGUGUGUGUGUGUGUGUGUGUGUGUGUGUGUGUGUGUGUGUGUGUCUUGGAUAAUAUUUCUGAUGUGUCAGUUUAGUCUGAGAAGGAGAAAGAAAAAAAAUGAAGAGCAGAAGCAUCCAGACAGACACGUUUUCUGAAGAUUUUUUUUUGUUUUUCAUUCGUGUCACUCGUCUACAAAAAAAUGUCUUUAAAUGAAACCGACUGCUGCAAAAACAUUUGGUGGUUUUGGUGAAGAAACUACUCUCAAUAUCUGACUGAAACUGCAGACCAUAUGUGCCAAUGCAAGAACCUUUAUCUUUAAAGGAGACCUGUUCUGGUCAUUCUCACUUUACUUUAUGUCAGUCUAAAAAAGUCAUUUUUAUUUCACACUGGGGUCUUCAAAGCCCUUCUUCAGCACUUUUCCACCUCAGCCUGAAACUUUAUCUUGGCUGUUUUUCCAGUGAGAUAAAGUUCGCUUAUAGGUGCUACUUUUUACACAGCUUUGUAGUCAUGAAACAUCCUGAAAGUAACGUCUUUAUUCGAAACAUCUAGAGUAAGUCAUCAGCAACUACAUUAGCUCCCUAUCACCGGUUAGCAGUUGUUACAGUACCUGACGUUUUAAUGGUCAUGACAACAUUAGCAUACAGUGAUAAUGCUUUCAACCACUCUAGAGAUAGAAGGGCGUACAACAGAAAGACCUCCCGCCUUUUUCCUGGCCUUUGUCCGUUGGAAGAGAAGAUAACAUGGAUGUUUCUUCAUAAACUAAAUAACUCUAGUCCAAGACGGUCAAAAUCAGGGCGACAGUGUGUUUCAGCACCGUCCUAACAGGACACCACAAAGCUCACAAAGCUCUCAAAACGAGCUCAUAGAAUCAUGUCAUGUCUAGUCUGGUUUGAAAUAGAUAUCCAACAUUUGAAUAAGAUAUGUAUGUGUUGAAAUCUGGAUCAGUAUAAUGAGUCUCUUUUAAUCAUUUGACAGGUUACUAUGAUCAGCCUACUGUGGUAUUUAUUUUGGCAGCUGUUUCAGUUGCAGUCCUGGUCUUACGUCAAAAAUUCUCAUUAGUUUUAGUCACAUUUUAGGUCUGUUGAGGGUGUUGAGUUUUUAAAGAAAAUUCACUCUGUAUCCUGUUUUCAAAGCUUUGCACUUGUAGCCCCUCCCCCAAAACGCUGUUCCUGUGAAAAGGUUUCUGCAUGAGCAGAAUCUUGACCUUUAAUUGGUAUCAAGGUUGCCCAAACACUGGCCUGCUGCGGUUUUCUUGUCAGUGCUUAGAUGGAGACGCACAGAUGUCUAAGCUAAACUCUGAUUAUCUCUAACAAGAAAUAAUGCAAAUGCCAUCACUGGUCUUUUUUUCUGUGCUGACGUCUUCUCAUCCACAGUGCUGCUGCAAUAACUCAUUAAAAGUGUUCUUUUAGAGUCGUUUUUCAGCACUUCAUCAAGGUUAUAAGGCUAUACCAUCAAGGUUCCUUGAUUUUAAUUAAAGUUAGAGACUCAGAUCCACAUCAGACUCAGAGGCUUCUUUUAACUCUAUUGUAGUGUUUCUUCAUUUCAUUUUCCUUUGAUUGUAAUUUGAUUAUUCUCUGCUCAGCCAGUGUGUGCGUACGGAAACAUAAAGGAGACUCAAUUUGAUGAAAGUAUCAGCACACUCCUCUGUUUGCUCUUAAAAUUAGUUAGUUGGCACACCACUCCUCUUUAUGGCACCUUCUCUGGUUUGGUUCAAAACAAAAACAAACAAAAAAAUUCGGAGGGAAAAACCAAAUAAACUAGAAAGGGAGAAAGAGGCGAAGGCGACCUUUGCUUUGUGAAUGAGGAAGAGAGUGAAAUGUGAGUGAUGAAGAGAAAAGAGAAGAGGAAGAGGAGGAGGGGGUGUUUAUAGAGGUGAGAGAUGAGGGGCAAAGAGAAGAGGGAGGAGGGAGGGGUGCUCACUGGCAUGAAAAGAUAGAGAGAAAAGAGAAGGUGGAGAAAAGGAGAGAGAGAGAGAGAGAGCGGUUACACAGCGGGAGAGUCUGAGUGCUCUCCUCCAUCAGAGACUGUUGAUUAAAAUUUCAUUGGCUGAGGCUGGAGGUCGGAGGUGAUGCUCUAUGUGUGUGUGUGUGUGUGUGUGUGUGUGUGUGUGUGUGUGUGUGUGUGUGUGUGUGUGUGUGUGUGUGUGUGUGUGUAAUAUAAAAGCUCAGCGCCUCCUCUCUUCAUGCACUCACUCACUCCUGCACUCUCUCUCUCUCUCAUUGGCUAAUUAUCUGUCUUUGUCUCUCGUUCUCCUGAGCUCUCUUCUUCCUGUUUUCUCUCUCAAUUAUUUCACUGGUUUCUCCUCUCAUUUAUGUAACUCCUUACUUACAUAAAGCUUCUGAAAUUCAUACUGUUGCUUUCACAUGAUAUAGGAAAGCAAAGCAAACCAUCAAUAAUGAUAUUGGCUUUACUUUAAUACUGUAAGUUUUAAUCCCUGAAACCACUGUGUACGCUGCUUCUAACUCCAGUCAACAAAUGCAAUUGGAAACAAUGAAAGAGGAAAAUAAAACUAAAGGCUGUUCCUGCUGUGUAAUAUAACUUACUUUGUGACACUAACGAUGUUGCAGUGGUCACAAGCAUUAAAAGGAACACUAUGGAAAUAACUGUAGAGAGAUUAUCAUCAUGAGAGCUUAGUUAACGACAUCCUACACAUAUUAUUUUUGGCUUUCCAAUGUUCAGUGUCAGAGCAUCAAAACAGGUUUUGAAUUAAAGGUUUUAUUGGAAAAAUCCUUUAAACACUUUGAAAAUGAUAUCUUAAAUUAUAACAUAUAUAUAAUACACAUAUAUAAUAUCAGUUUAAGAACUGUAAGUUUGUUGGUUAGAAUGUGUUUCUAUAAAAAAAUAGAUAAAUUAGUUAAUUGAAAUAAAUCCCCAACAAAUUCAGUGUUGAUGUAAUUUGCUGUAGGCCCAGCUCGAGCCAUGUAUUGUCCAGAUUUAUCUCCUCUCAGAUAAAAGUCUGAGUAAUUCCAGCGAUGUCGCCUCGUUCCUCCGUUAGGUCUCGUCUCCAUUAACCUCUUUUAUUAAAGCCUCCUCCUUCCUUCUUUUCAAAUCAGAGCCCACAAGACUCCACUCUGUUUGUGCUGCUGCUUUUUCAAUUACAGCAGCAGACUGAGAGGGUACCUGAACACACCAACAGCGAUACACAGGUGCAGACACACACAAACACGCACAAACAGUGUCGGCUCUGUCGCUGUGGAAACAUUGUGUCAUGUCAGCGUCUUUAUCACUGCUGCUGAGAGUGUCAUAGGAAACAGAUUGAUUUUCUGUUUGUGUAUAAACAUAGUAAAGGAAACCCGGACCGUUUUCUGGCCUUAUACUAUUCAAGAGUUUUUCAGUAUUUGAUAGAGUUAUGAGACUCUGCAGACUCUUGGAUAUUUGAAUUCUUUGCAAGAAAUGAGUCUGAAUAUUCAUCUAUUUAACACUGAAAAGUUUUCUUUCCUGGGCAACUCUAUUGUUGUUGUUGUAUAUCACACUUUAAAGAACUGUUAAGACCUAUGAACCUUUAUCGAAUAUUUGUUUAUUAACCAGAGUGAUAUGAUAGGCACAUUACAAGAAAGCAGGCCUCGAAACCAAGACUUAAAAUUCAGCAUUUCUGCUAGUUUGUUGGUUCGAUUGGCUCCACAUUUUCAUGGGCUCUUCUCUGGCCUAUGCUACACAUUUCCACUAUACUGUUCAUGAAAACCUAGUCCACCAUUUUUUCACAGUCCUAACAUGAAAGCAGUGAACUAACAAACUCCAAAACAUGACCUCUGUGGUAGAGGUAAUGACCACUGGCUGUGUGUAAAGAUGGAUGACACACCUCCUUCUCCUCUUGUUGCAAGAUAUCGGGUUGGUCAUGUCUCCAAAGUAAGCAUUGGCCACACCAGCAAAACAACACCAUGAAUCAUCAUCAUCAUCUUACUGUUAUUGAAAGUUGUGUAACUCUUGUGUUCCUCAGUGUGUUUACAGCAACAGUUAAGUCAACUGAUGGUUAAAGCUCGAUCAGGCGAUUCAACUGGACUACUGUCCGUGUCCCAGUUUUAAGAAUCAAGUUAUUUGCAGGAGGAUGGUGGCAACAUGUUCCCUUUCAGCUUGUUGCUCCUGAGUCACCUCCCAUUACACGGGAUAAAGAUCUAACAAUAAAACAAACUUCACUUUUAUAACCUAUUACCUUUCGUAUGAGUGAUAAGAGGGGUUCAACUUUUUAAAAUCCUUUCUUCAUCUAUCAAGGUUUUGUUUACAACCCUGCUACAUGGCAAAGCAUUCAUGCUAUUCAACUUCAGGGUUAAAGCCCAGCUAGUCUAGAGAAUGCACAGAAUUCUUAUGCUAGUAUUAGUCAAGCUGAUUAUGAUAAAUUAUUAAAUUAUCUGUUCAACCCAUUCUUUUAGAGAUUUCUGAAUGGCAUUAACUUGAAAUAAAAAUUAAAAAAACAACAACAAAAAAGAUAUCAUACCAACCUACAAGGUCUCAUGUGUAUACCACUGUCCAUAUCAGAAUUUUAACACAGUUAUAAGAACUUCAAUUUCAAGUCUGCAAAAGAUUCUCAGAUUCAGUCGAAGCUUAUCCAGGAUUUAUCAUACACAUGCUUUUUUUUCUAAGCCAGUGCAGCUAAAAGGAUUUUCUUUGCACAUGAGUAGUUUUGAGUCAGAACCACUGUCGGGAUGAAACACUGAUACAUAAAAGCUGAGCAGUAAUGGUAUGAUGAACUCCAAGCCCACUAGUCCUUAAACUCUGCCCCGUUUUGUUUCUUUGUGACUUCAGUGGAGAUGGUUUUAAUGAGUCACACACUCAUAACCAGAGAUGGAGGCUGAUUUUUGAUGAGUUAAGCCGAUGUGGUUGGUUGAAAGAGUUGGGUUUCCUUUCAUUUAAAUGGCUUAUUUUUGUCAAUUUUACUUUUUUAACCAGACGUAGGAAAAAAAACAUUUUCCUUGUUCUAUCAGUUUCAAUUUUAAAUCUGCCUUCUUUUAAAUUCUGGCAAACAAAUGCAUCAAAUGGAAAGAGAGAAACAAAGCAAUAAUUAUACACAAAGCAAAUUAAGACAAUGAAAAUAUGUCUCAGUUCCAAUUUUGACAUGUUGUUUUAAGAUAUAUAAAUUUAAAGUCCUGUACUUUUUGCUUGGAUAGGGAUGUUUUCUUUUGGGUUCUUAACUUUAGAGACACAUUUAAGAAACACUCAGUGUAUCCACUGAGGCAGCUUUCAUUUUUGUGUCACAGAAUCCUAAAAAAAAAUGGUUUUACUGGUACUUGGAGCUGUUACAAUGGUAGCAUUGGACACAGUGGAAGGUUAAGAUGGUCACAAUCCAGCAGAAUGAUGUUGGCCUAGUACUGCAGCUGGCUCUGGACAUGGUGCAGAGGGGAAACUGGUACAGCAGCCAUCCAUAUGCGGAAAGAAAGGAUUGUACAAUAUGUACUGUAUGCGACUGAACGCUGCUACAAGGCUGAACAGAUUUAGACUUGUGUUUAUAAUCAUAUACCCUUGUAUAUAUUUGACUUUGGACAGCCUGUCAUUGUUUGGUUUACAGUAGAAAAUAAUAUUUUAGAAUGAACUAUUUUGGGAAGUCAUCUCCUACAUUAACAUGACAAUGCAGCUGUGUACAAGCUAGUGCCAAAAAGCAGUGGUUUCUUAAUUUGAAUGGACCAGACCUUUAAUAUCGACCCCAUCCAACACUGGGAUGGGAUGGACAGGAGUGCCAACAUAAAAGCCAUAUCUUUAUUUAAAUUACAAGCGUUGGACCACUCUGAUGCUCUUGUAGUUAAAUGGAAGUAAAUCCCUGCUGUUCAGUGAAAAGAUAGGAUUUCCUUUAGUUUGAUGUUUAAGCAAAAAAUUAAUGCGAGCAGUUAAACAUUUAGGUAUUAUGUGAGAAAAUGAUUUCUAAGGCAAGCAGGGACUUAAACACCAAGUGAAGUUAUGAAAACAUACCUGAGUAGUAACUUUCCAAGCUUGUUUCUCCAAAAUUCUCCUUUUCAGCCCGACACAGAUAGAAGGAUUGGUGCUUAAUCUGUUUUAAAUCCAUAAUUGAGCAUUUGUAUUUGUUUUGAAUAAUGUGGUGUCAUUUUCUCUGUGAGCAUCAAACAUUUCUUGUGAUUUCUACCAACCAUUUGUGCCCAUUAUCCCAAAUGUUGCUUUAGACAACAGCUAUAAAUGGCACUUCACCAAGUUUUAGCUAACACUAGUGGUUGGUAUAAUGAACUUUUAUUAGCUAGAGUUUGGUUGAGCUCUAACAAAACUACUCAGUGAUUUCAGAAGACACAAAAGUAAAAAAACAACCUGGAUUUCAAGCUUACUGUGAUGUUCACUGACUAAUACACAGUAUUGGUCCAGCAAACAGUAGUUACUGUUGUUUUUCCUUCCCAAAAUAUCUUAAAGACUUUAUAAAACUGAACAUUGCAAGUGACUUUGACCUGACCUUAUUUUUACUUAGUAUCUUUACUGUAACAACGUGGCAGCUGAGACAUGUUGUGUGAGUAAGGGAAGCUCAGAUGAAGGUCAAUGCCAUCCUGAAUAAUGACAUAUCCUUAUCACUGGAAAUAAAAGACUAUGAUGAUUUAGCCCUGAGGGACAUCAAGUCAUAUUUCAAGUUAUAAUAAACAUAAUAAUUGAAUUAAUACAAUUCAAAUUAAUAAGCUGCAUUACAACAAUAGCUAACGUUAGCACUCAACCAAUUCCUAACUCAUACUGAGCUACAGGUAGAAAUUGGUGGCGAGGUAAUGUUAGUCGUUGUGACCCAGCCCUGGGAAACUAAUGACUUCUGUUUGUCUUCAGCUUUCUUAUCAGAAAAAAAGGUGAAAUUGGUGAAAAAGUUACUUUAUUUUACAACGAUAUCCUGUCUUCAAUGACUCAUAUUUCAGAUUCCCCUUGUUUACACUGGAAUUUAGCCAUUAAAGCUUCCCACCAUUAACACAGAGUCAGAGGAAAUGGCCACUUUGUGAAAAUGUGUGUGACUCAGACGCUUCAAACUCUAAAUAUGAGUUCAAUAAGAUUUAGUGAAUUUGACACCAUGUGGAGAAGAAGAAAAUUAUGUAAUUACCAACUGUAGGCGGGUAUUAAUGCACCCAGUUUGGAGCUGUUUUGAUCAGAUUUCAGGAUUCACACUUGUUAGUCUGUUGACUCUGCAAAGAAAUUACUGCAGCAACUCAAACAGAUCCAGCAUCUUCACACACAAACCACAUUUUGUUCUGUAACAAAACACCAAACACACUCUGCAGCAGCGUUGAAUCUUACUCAGACAUAAAGGAGGAUGCUCGACUCCAAUAGCACUGGUUUGAUGCUGAACACACUUAGGAGCACGAGACAUUACACAUUCACACACAUCAGUUAAAAGUCAUUAUGCUCUUCUCGCUCUCACAAACACACAUCCGCCGUGUACACAGCCGCAUCAGCAAAUUAGCUGAAUAAAGAGCCUCUUUUUGCCUUUUGCUUUUGAGUGGCUAAUUAGCCAUCAGAGCCCGCUGUGUGGAGAGAGGGAGAUCCAUCAAGAGGUAGAGCUUCAAAGAGCAGUUUAUAGAAGCCAAAGCACUUUAAUUAGGACCUAUUUGUACGAGAAAGUGGAGAGAAAAACAUAAUUUGAAGCCAAAAGCUGUAGAAUGUGGGGGGAAAAUAAACACAGUCUAAUACGCACACAGAUAAAGAGAGACAGGAACAAACUAAAAGGAUUAGACUGGAGGAGAUGAAGAGAGAGGGGAACUGACUCCAAAUGCUGAAACACCAAUUAUAUGUUGUAUUCAGUGUCACAGCUAAGAUGAAUAAAAAUGAUGGGAAAAAUGCUGAAUAUACUCUUCAGUCGUGUGUUUAACUAUUGUUUGAUCCAAUUGCAGUAAUAAAGACGUCUCUGCUGAGACCUGACACGACAAAUCUGUGCUCAGUAGUUUAAAGGGACAUACCACUGUUUUGCUUCCUUCUGCCAAUAAUGACAUAAUUCUCCACACAUACAACUUAAAAUCUUACAGAAAAUAAAAUCAGCACUGACACUUAAUGUAAAGAUUAUUGGGACUGUUAUGUCUCCAGACGUACCUCUCCAUCACCAUCCAACAACAGCUUUUGACAAUGUCAUUUUAAAUGUUUGUUAAAGUUUGCAGAGCUCCUGGUUCCAAUACCCCAAACAAAACUUCCACAGCACCCUAGUGUGCAUUAUUUCAAUGGACAGAUAUAAUGGACUCAUAGCCUUGUACCUUAUUAUUGAAUAGGUCUGAUGUGAAUUCUUGACAGCAUGUGGGAUCUAGGAUUUACAUUGGGAAAUGGUCAGUGAGGUUGGGUUUAUGUACCAAAACUUACUUGGAUUUCAAGUUAGGUGAAGGAUCAUAUUUGGUAAGUUACAUUAAGUAGGUAAUUUGUAUUACUUUGGUUGAAUGUUUCCAUGAAUAGUGGUCCUAUUUUUGGAAUAAGCACCAACAUUAAUCACUAGUGUGCUGAUGUCUUGGUUUAACUAUCUUGCAAGCCAGCAGCUGUUGAUUACUGAUGAUGGCUUAUCAGUGUCUUGAAGGGUUUUUCCAUUUAGUAGUGGAAGAUUUUACCACUUCUUUUAACUCUGCAACUAGAAACAGAGGAGCACUUGAAAAAAGGGGUUUGGGGUAACAGUGAGAAAUGGAAUUGGGCCAAAUGUAGGGCUGUAUUUUGGCAAGGAUAGUCUAAAUAGAUGGACUUGUCAGCUAUCUCAGCUUCUGGUCUCACCAUUGGAGAAAUAGUUUCCAUAACUUUUUUCAAUAUGGGAUUUGUUUAAAACUAGACUAGGUGUCUUUGAAGUCAUGUAACAUGUUGUAAUAAUGAGCCGAAUAGUGUCAUUAUGGAUCUCAGACAUUAGAAAUUCUUCAUAGAUAUCAUCUAAUAGACUAUUGUGAGCUGAGUCAGACAGACAUAUUUGACUGGCUGGAGCUGCGGAUGGUCUGGACUGUUGUAACAUGUAGAUAUUUGGGUAUCACUGUUCAGCUUGACGAGCAGUUUCUGUGUGCUCUCUACAUUUAAAUCACAUGAUUAUCAUCAUGAUUCCCCUGCUGGCUGAGCUGCUGCUUCUACAUCUGUCUGAAGAUACACACACGUCUUAAUCUUGAGAGUGAGAGGAGAAGAAACCAUUUAAUUUAUGUAGAAACUCAUGAAUAAGGAUUUUAAAUAUGAUAGAGUGUGGCAGGUGAGCUGAAUAAGACGAAUAUUAGCUUUCAAAUGUUGUUUGUUUCUGAUUUUAUUAGAAAAUAUCCCAUUAGUUCAUCUUGGAUGUACCUGAAUGGGCUGCUUCAGCUCCUCAUUGUUUGUUGCUACAUUUUUAAAUUCUUUCUGGAGGAGAGCUGUUGAUGUUCCCAAUGUUGUUCAGUCAGUUGUUGAUGUGUCAAUAACCACAUGUGAAGUAGAUCAUUAUAGGAAGUGUCACUUCACUGAAUCAUGUAAAUUGCUUAAUUUCACUGUUGUCCUAAUGGAAAUGUGGGUAAUGGUGGCAUAACUGUGUGCAUGCAAACACAGACAGAGCAUCUCCUGCUGAAACCACUUCAGUGUGUUUGCUGAGCUCCGUCCUCGAUGAUCUUUUGUCUGUCAAAAGCUCUUAGCGCUUCCAUCCAGAGCCCUCUGCUCUCUGCAUUCAUUAUUAAUGGACCUCAGCAGGCUGAGAAGACACACACACACACACACCACAUCACACCGAGAAAGACACAGGACCUGCACGUCACUGGUUUCUAUUUUAGACCAGAUAUUAAAUCAAACUCUCCAAAUAUAAAGGGGGGAAACCUUCAUUGGUAAAACAGGGAUGCAUGAGGAUAGGACUGAUGGAAUAUAUUUACAAACUGAUGCCCCUCAAUUAGAGCUGGUUCUAUGAGUAUACAAAUAAAAGAGUCCCCAAAUGGACAUGAAGAGCUUUCAAAUAAAGUGCAGCAUGCUGUGGUCAAACACAGGAGACCUCCACUUUAUCAGGGACACUGCAUUUUACUUUGACUCUUUUAAACCUUUCAUGCAAAUUUACUAUUGGGCCAAGCUAGCUAAAGAUCAUGAAAACAUGACCAAAUCAAUGACCUAGCUCUAUGAAAGAGUGCACUGAGUGGAAAUAUGUUUCCCUGUACUUUUUGACAGGUCAGAGCAGAACAGUGCUGCUCUGUAAUGAUGACCAUUUUAGUUUAUCCAAUGAAGCCUUUAUUUUUGAUAUCUGUUUACUAAGUUGACUGUGGUCAGAGCAGGCAAUAUCCCAGAAACACCAACUGUGACAUGUAGAGAAAUACAAUACAGGGAGCUUUUUUUAUAUAUAUAUAUAUAUAUGUACAAAUCAUAAAGGUACAGUGCAUAGACGUGAGAAUAUUUUGCAAUAUCUAGUGGUCAGACUCUAGACCACUGAUGAUGGAGUGAUGGUGGCCUGCAAGAAUGAAGAGCUCAGCAUGUCACCAAGGCGGACACACUCCUGUCAACAAUUCCAUUAUUGCCCACCAAUCAGUGGCUAUGCCUUCAGAAACAAAAUAAACAUCUGUGUCAUGCCCAAAAAUACUCAAACCUGUAGUUAGGGAUUGAACUGUCAACCUUUUAAUCAUGAGCAGUGACCCACUCUCCCAGCUGAACAGAUGCAGUAUGUUCAGAACAAUAAUAUCCACCUUAUGCAACAUUCUCUUUUAUUUGUUACUAUUCUUCAAAUGUUACAGACAUUUUUAGGAAAGGCAUUUUGGGAAAAAAUGUAGCUGUACUUCUCUGUAGCUUAAAUUGAGGACUUCAGACAAGUUACGAAAUCUUCACAUUCAUCUAAAUGAAGUCCAAAACUGAAACUGAUACAAUCAAAUCAGCCACAAAGACAGAGCUGUUCCCACUUUGUGUAUUUGGAUGUAACAUUAUUUUUAAAAAAGCUUAUUUGUCUCAGUGUCUCUUUGUCUAGUGUGACUAAAGGGCUUCUAAAGCAUCAUAAAUCCAGAUAAAUGAGGUUUUUCUGUUAAUCCCAUUUCUGACUUGAAGGCAGCAUUUCAUCCACAAACUCAAACUGAUACUGAUUAAUUUGGUCAAAAAGGCGUCAGAGCAUCAUCUCGUCCUGACUUCAGACGGUCAUUAGCUGCCAGACUCAGACCAUGAAGCUCUCUGAUUGGACGUUUCUUUCUGCAGCAGACUCAUGGACUCUGUUUGACCUCUGUCCUUAAGCCGUUGUGUUCCCCAUGUCUUGUAGCUUUGACUUUUCGUUAGCACAGCGGAUUUUCUUGGUUGAGUGUGUCAUUGUUUGAGAUGAUGUUGAAAAUAGGAGAGAGAAUUUUGUCCGUUCCAGUUAGAAACGCUCCAACAGUCGGUCAAAUAACAUGUUUUUAUGGGAAAGUUAAAGGAGGUGUUGAUGUCUGCCCAUGUAUGUGUGUGCAUGUGUGUUUUUCGAUGUGACCUUUCUCCAUAUGGUGUGGGACUGAGCAGGGGGACAGGAGGUGAGCCCUGCACAUGCUAUCAGUCUGAACUGUUAGCCAGCAGCCCCCCCAACACACGCACAAACACGCACACACAUGCUGCAGGGCCUACAUGUCAUUGUUACCUGAUAUUCAUGGUGUGUAGGAGAAACAGACCAAGGAGAAGGUCAUACGUGUGAUGUCAGAGGCGCUGCGUUCGCUGCCAGCCGUGGGUUUGAUAGCCGCUCAGCCUCAGGCUCUCUCUACCCUCUGUCCCCCCCGCCGCCCACCUCCCACAAUCCUCAGCAUCAGUCCAGCCCCCGCCAGGAGACACACAGACCUUUCUAUUUUGGAUUUCUAGUCCAAGUGGAAACAAUGCUCCAGUAUUCUGCCAAAAAUCAUGAAUAGAGGCUAUUUACUGCGUCAAAGUUAGCAAAUAUUUAUGUUGCUGGGAUGAUAAAUAAUGCAUAUAACACACAGAGUACAGCGGCACAGUUGUAAUUUUAGGGAGUCCUGCAACAGCCUCCAGGAAAUCCUACAGGAAAAACAACUUCCAGUGACAUUAACAUAACAGAAAAAGCUGCAUAAAUUAUGUCCCAAAGUCCUCUUUAUGACCUUUCCAUGCAUGUGGUAUUUUCAAACUGUAGCAGUGCAAAUUAAAAUGCAAAUCAAAUAAAUUAAGCGAGAAUAAUACUGAUGUUAAACAGAUGUACUCUGUUAUGGCUAUAAUUGGUUUCUUUAAAUAUUGUAAUAAUCUGAGAUAGAAGCUGUUUUUACUGGCUGAUUCACUGAAUUGUAAAUUAGUGGGACAGAUAUAACUGUUUACUGCAGGGGAUACAAGAUUUACUGACUUUCUUUACUGAGUGAUCUGUACGUCUGGUGUUUUUCAGUUUUAUUAACUUAAAAUCUUUAGGGAAGAGGCCAAAGUUAAUAUUGAGUUGCUGUGGUUAACAUCAAAUCUCUUCCACAAGGCACGAAUCAUUCUGGCUGAACCUGCAUUUAGCCAGAGUUACAUGUAAUUUUACAAUUAACAGGUUGUAGGGUAUGGUAUUUUCUGGUGUGGUGUGGUCCACAUUCAUGAUAAGCAUAUCAAACCACAUCUAAGUAUUUUUAAAACCCACAAACUUUAAUUUCAAUCAGCAACCUUGACCUGCCGUAUGCGUUAGCAAGGGUUAAAUUGCAUUUCUUUGCACCUCUGUUUAUUUUUUCACUCACUCCUAUUAUUAAGCACUUGCUUGUUUAAAUUCCACUCUAGAUAAUCUGAUGUCUAUUUCAUAAUCUCCAGUAUUACUUUCCAGAUGCAUUAGCAUUGACUGAUCUAAUUAAAGCAAAGAUUUAAUAGCCUCCUUCGCCAUGCUUGACUUGAUAUUGUAUUACACGCAGCAAUUACUGACAGGAAUACCAAUGCAAACAAAUCACAGCAACAAUCUGGACAAAAGGCUAAGCAGAAGGUUUUCCUCACAGCACUCAUAUCAGCUUUGCAAAAGACAUUGUGACUUGGCGUCAUCUUUGCUUUUGUACAUACAUGAGUCUCUUAUUCAAGUUUGCCUAUGAAGCAGUGUAACCCCUGCAGAAAUAACUUUGAUUUAUGUUCAUAUGCAAAUGAGCAUCCUUAAGGAAAACAGACAUUCUUUUAAAGAGCAGAAGAAAGGGAGAGAAGGAGAGAGAGAGGGGGAAGUUCAGCUUAUCAUCACUCAACAGAUGUUCAGACUAAAUGUGUUGGUUUGUCUGUCUCGUCACUGAGGCUGAGCGGAGCAAAGCUCCAGCGCUGGCCUGUCUGAAUGAACCAAGUCAACCAGCUGCAGCUAAGAAAAAUUUCUAUAGUGGCUGUAAUUUGCUCCAGUGGCAGAGGUGGAAGGAGCCAGGGGAUCAGGAUGAGAACCGUCAGCUGCCAACGGCCUUUGGCCAAACAGAGGAAAUUCAUUUUGCGAGCACAUACAGUACAGGCACUAUGCUGCAGGACAGUGCAGACGCCAGGUAGCUCGCGAAGAAAGUGCUGAGUCCACAGUUAUGAAGCUGUGGCCUUUCCCCCUCUCAGUACACAAAAACAAACAUCAGAAAAAAAAUGAUAUCACUUCAGGAUUUUCGGGCUCCAGUUUAGGUUUGAAGGAUUGGUUUUAAUAUCUCUGACUUUUCAAAGCAACAUCAGCUACAGUUGUCUUGUUUUCCCCUGUUGGAGGAGGAACAGAAAUUCAAUAAAACAAGUGUUGCAGGUGUUUGGGAUCAAAGACGCAGCCAGAUCGACUUAAGAGUGUCAUGUAGGCCUCAGAAGUGCAGUUUUGAGUUCAAGCAAGAGGAUUCGGGCAAUACAAGAAACACAAACGUGAAGAGAGGAGAGGUGUUGCCUUUUAGCUACAAAAAGUAGGUUAGCGACCUAAUGUUUCUGGCUCUAAUCCCUUGAGGUAAUGUGGCAGGUGCCCUUGACCAAAGAGGACCAGCAGACCGACAACUGUGGUUCUGCGGCUCUGUUGCCAGAGUCUGUCACUCUAUAUUGGGUGAAAAAAGCACAGAUGUCCCUGUAAUCUCUGGAUAAAGGUUGAAUAAACAAUUACCGAAAUACCUACUUAUUUCUCCCUCCUUAUCUUCUUUGCUUCGCCUUUGUCUCUGUGUUUGACUUUCUCUCUAUCAUUUCGCACGCCUUCCUCCUCCUAUCUUGCGAUAUAACUUCCAUGGCUGGUUGAUUUGGGUGAGCAGAGGGAAACAGGCAAGGCGUCCACAGUUCAGGGCUCCAGAGAGUUUGCCCAGGCAGCAGCAAUCAAUCACAGACUAAAUCCUUCUUCUCUCAGGACUGCCGUGUGCCAGGUGACAUGGUCAACAGCUGCAGAGAAAUAUAAAGCCUGCAGUGGGUAUCUGAAUUCCAAACACUUGCUCAGACAGUGAACCAAUGACAGAGUAAUUAUAGAAGCUUCACUUUUUGAGCUGAAAAUAUGAAUCGAAUUGGAUUUAUAUUUCCAUCAGUUGAUGAUUGACCUCUUUCGCCUGAUGAAAUGUUGGAUAAUUAUGCUCAGAAGCUGUGCUGCUUUGAUAUUAGGGUUUGUUGUCUUUUCUAUAUUGGUUUUUCUCCAUCUUUAAAGAUUUCUUGUGUUUCUGCCUUCACAUAGACAACUAUGGAGCUGUUUUAUGUUGCGCUAAUCCACAAGUAACAGGUGCUGCUGGCAGAGGCACAAAGAAGUGUGCUAACAAAGACAUAAAAGACUCCUUGCAAGCAGUCAUGAAUGUAAAUUAUGCAGGUUUCAAGCUUUAAAAAAGUUUGGGACACAUCUUAUGAGGAUAUACAAUCAGCACAUUUGUGAAAACUCUGAUAUACUCAAUGCAUUGUGAAAGCUCCUGGAGAGGCUUUGACAAAGUAAGGCAAGUUACUGAAGCCUAACUGGGCCUUAGUCGUAGAGGGUGCAGAUUAAAGGGUCCUAGUUUUUGGGUCAUGUUGGACGGUGUCAACAAACAGUGAAAAGUAACUUGGUUUGGUAACUUCCAACCCAAGAAAAUCAAACAAAAUUUCCCAGACAGAAAUGACAGAGGUUUGCUGUUACUGGGAUUGCUGUGCAUUGCGGUGUGUAUCAACAACAGACUGUAUAAAAUUUGUACAAGUGAUUAAUUGGAUUUUGAAGCAGAGUCUUGAAGUCCAUUGAUGUUAGUUGCUGUAUUAGAAAUGCCGAACCAACCAAACCUUUAACUUGACAAGAGGCAGAGGUGGAGUUGAGGUGGGCCUUAAGUUUCCUCAAUAGCAUCAGGGCCCACCAAUCAGUGAAGUCAGCUACACCCACUUGAAACCAAUAUCAUCAAAACUAAUGAUUAGGAAAAAUUAUUUAUUAUAUGCUUCAAAGGUAUGCCAAUGAGGUUGAAUGGUGACCUUAAGUUGCCCAUAGGUGUGAGUGUGACUGGCUGUUGGUCUCUAUAUGCCUGCCCUGUGAUUGGCUGACAUGGCCAAGUGGUGGUCAGGGCUUCAGCAGUAGCUCCCUUGCAUUGAGUCCUUUAAACUUUAUGUUGUCAAAUAAUUUUGCGUUUUAAAACUUGACCGGAGAAUGGGUAUAAAUUGAAGUAAAGUAUACUGAUGUUUAACAAUGGGCUUCCUGUGUUUUGCUUCCUUGCAGACAUGUCUAGAGUUGGAGCGAUAUCUACAAACAGAGCCCAAGCGACUCUCGGAGCUCUUUGAUGAGGAGCUGGACUGUCUCUUAACGCCAGCCUUCAUGCAGGGUGGCGACAGUGACGAAGACCUGAUGGACCCCCUCCUUCCCAGUCUUCCAGACCAACCCAGCCCGCCUCCGUUACUGGUAACCCUCCCCAAGGUCCAGGCCAAAAUCCUCCAUGUGCCCAACCCCAGCAAGACCCAACUAGAGGCCGGGACUGAAACCCUGACCACAAAAGACAACGUCCUCGCAGGAGUCAGUGCCGCACAGCUCAGCGCUGCUGUAACAUCCCUAACGCCGCCUUCGUCACCGGAGCUUGGUCGCCAUCUUAUUAAACCCACGCAAACACUGACUGCCACGGCAGAUGGCACGCUAACACUCAAACUUGUGGCGAAGAAGGUCGGGCUAGGAGCAGCUAAACUCGUGGCAGCCCGAGCGCUACCAUCGCCGCCGAGCCGAGGAGGAGCUCUCAGCGACAGCGAGCAGGGAGGAGGAGGAAGUCUGGGAGGAGACGUACCAGAGAACAAAAAGAGAGUCCACCGGUGCCAGUUCAACGGCUGCAGGAAGGUUUACACCAAGAGCUCCCAUCUGAAGGCACAUCAGAGGACUCACACAGGUAAAGACCUUCAUUUUAUCAUCGCAUGUACCGCAUGACCGUGUCCCCAUGGCAGCUAUCUUCUUGGGUCGGCUCAGGGUGGGAAACUAAGGUACCAUUAUCACGACUCAUUGCUAUGUUCCAGAUCAUAAGCCAUAUAAAUCUCGGCAAUCUGACAUACUGUGGAUAAAUUGCUGCUCCCCAAGUGAUUAAUAGACUCAAAUCAAAUUCUUGACACAUGUAAGAAUUAAGUUAACAGCAUGACUUUUGAUCUGGCUUGCAGUAAAAAUACAUGAUAGAGCGUGACAUCAUAAGAAGGCGGCUGCGGCAGGAAUAAAGUCUCCAUCUGCAGCCUGUCACAAGUCAUUUUUUCUGUACCAUGUGAAAGUUGGCUUUAACAAGCAAGAAAACCAACAAAAUUUGUAAAUGUACUUGUAUUUUUUGCCACAGUCCUUUGUAAACAUGGCAAUGCCAACAUUUUUGAUCUGCGUUUAAAUCAGUGGUUCUCAAUCCAGUCCUCGAGCCCCCCCUGUCCUGCAUGUUUUGGAUGUUUCCCUGCUCCAACACACCUGAUUCAAAUGAUCAGCUCGUUAUAAAGCCAUUUCAGAGCUUGAUAACGAGCUGAUCAUUUGAAUCAGGUGUGUUGGAGCAGGGAAACGUCUAAAACAUGCAGGACGGGGGGGCUCGAGGACUGGAUUGAGAACCACUGGCUUAAAUAGUUCCUACAAAUUUCUGAUUUUAAAAAGCCAGUUCAUGCCAGUUUGAGGACCCCACAGCAAAAAAUAAAGACAUGGCAACCAAGUAAUUUUAACGCCAAGCAUUGCACCAAUCUUGGUUGUCCAGUUGAGUCAGAUGACCUCAAUCCCAUUGAGCGUGUGUUUCACUGCCAAAGACCAGACUGCAGGCAAAUGAGCAGCCUUGAAAUAAAAGCAAAUCUGGCUGCUGUACAGGCUUGGCAAAGCUGCAGCAAGAAAAGAUACCAAUCGUCUGAUGGUGUCUGUGAGAUCUGGCAUCAAAUAUUUAAAAUUAUGACCUUGUUCAAGUUCAUACAACUUGCCCGGUAACUUUCUGUCCAGAAGAUUUUGGUGGCCAUAAAUGAAAGUGACUAAAAUCCCUGCACUGUUGACACAGUUUAAUUACAAGCAAUCCAUUCAGAGCCCAGUGUGAUUGGAUUCAGAGCCAACACAAUUAAAAUAUGUCAGUGUCCUGAAACCACUGCCAGCCUUGUUGUUCCACAAAAUAUUUCAGCAUUGUUCUGAAACCUGAAGCUUUGAAAACGCCGAGCAGAAAACACAGAACAUACAGAUAACCCAGUAGAUACUACACUUAUCAUCAGCUGGUUUGGUCUCAGAGUAAACCCGCAGAGACAACAUAUCUUACCUCAGGGCAUUUCUUUUUUUGGGAGAUAAGGACCUUUCCUCUCCCUUUCCUACCUCUCUGUUGAUCCUCCAGCUUUAUUAAUUUCCUUGUGAGCCUUGAUUCCAGCUCAGUGCCAAAAAACCUUGCCUCGGUAAUUGCCUGAUGAUUGAUAGAGUGGUAGUAAAUGACAUUGCGAAUUCAGCCGUGUCUGACACGCAGCUUUGCCUGCUAACUACAGCUGCCCUCUUAGUGACCCUCGGACAGAACACACACCACGCUAAUGUGUCCAGGAGCUAUUUACCAUGGGCUUUCUGAAGCGUUAGUGUGUGGACAAGGGGGUUGAUGAAGAAGACACGUAAGUGAAAAUUGAUUUGACUGAUGCAGAUUAAGAUGAAUGGGUGAUUUGCUUCAUUUAUAAGAGUAAUAGCUCAUUACAGGUAUAUAAAAAAAGUAGAACAAAAAACAAGAUCUUUUUUGUGUUGAGUUUUGGGUGAAGCCUUUUUUUUUUCUUGUUUGACAUAAACGAGAAAAACUGACUAAUGAGGCCAAACUUCAGACCAAGAGCAGCCCUGCUUCACGGAACAGAGUAGAAUUAGAGGGACAGUGUGUAUUAGGUUGGUGUGUAGAAGUAGAUAGAUGAAAUGAACUACCACUCAGAUGCCAGAUUACAUCCUAGUGGUUGAUAAUACUUCGAAUGAGGAUAAUAUCACUCUGUUACACUCAUCAUGUAACAGAAGACAUUGGUCUACAUCUUGAAUCCCCCUGGUGCUGCGGUUAUGAGUGACAGCUGGCUUCAACCAUGACAAGUGACUGACGACUAUUGCGAACAAUUUGGCAUUCAGAGAUUUACGUCAUAGUUGUUGGGCGACCCCGCUUUCUCACAUGAACUUUGAAGGGAAAAAAAGAGUCAUUUAUCAAAGUUCACAGCAUUGAGACUUGAGAUUGUUUGAUUUACAUUUGUUGCUUACAGCAACUAUCCUGCUCUUAAAGUGAUGAGAUUUAUAAACUCUCAGGAGUCCAGUAAUUUAUUUCAGAGUCUAAAUUUCCUCUAGAUUGGACAUAUUUAGGCCCAUAAAGGUAACCAAGGCUGAAAUCUGCGAUUUAUCUGCAGCAUGAGGCAUGCACAGCCUUGUACCACCUGAAGCUAGCAUUAGUCAACUCUAGCUUCAGCCGCAGCAUCAUUUACAGUAUGUGUAUUGGUUCAUGGCCUCCAGUCGUCAUCAUCUAGUGUUUGCGGUUUCCUUGGUGUUCACCAGGAUAACACUUCAUAGCCUGAAGACCUUUUCCUUUUCCCUGUAUUAGCACUGGCAACCUUGGCAUCAUUAAUCCAGCGUGUUACAGGCUUAUAUAUGAUCCCAGCGACCAUCACAUGGCUUUGAGUGUAGUGCUGCAUUAUAGGGCAGCACCUAGCGUAGCCUCGGGACCCCCCAUGCUGCAGCUUUAUUGUAAGUAAUCUAGCAAACAGCAGCUAGCUUUCUGUUAGCCUGGCUGUUCGCUGCAGUAUCUUCAAUCUUCUGGUGAUUCCACAGUCGAGUCAUGCCAGCCAACGAUGAGCUUUUAAAGGCUGGAUCAUUAACCAAGAAAAGCAAGACACCCUGAAGCGAUGCAGCCUCUUAGCUCUGUAUGUGUGUGCAUGUGUGUGUGAUAUAAAUGUGGGGGCGGCGUAUUCCCUCCCGAUGUGUUCGCUACAAGCGCAGCACUGUGGUUUAAUUAGCUUAAUCCUCUUUUUGGGUUAUUAUGACCAUAAAUCAUUGAACAUACAUGUAGGGAGGGAUUAGCGUAGCAGAGACUACGGGGAGGAGCAACUGCAGAAAGCCUGCACAACAUCAAUGCACUUACUGUCACAGAGAGCACACCAGAGGCCAUUAGAAACAUCAUUACAGUGAGGUCUGUCAGGAGGAUACAGUGCAUGUGCUGCAAUUUCACAUAAUGUUGGUAAUAAUACUCCUCUGUUUAUAUCCAAUACUAUUUCCCUGAGCUCCAGCUUUGAUUUCAAUUCAGGUUUAUAUCCUGAUACUGCAUGAAAAUGUCCAAUUAGAGAUGAGCUGUUACAUUAAUACAUGCGCAAAUUAAUUCAGUAAAGCUCUGCAGAACCCUGUUAGGGAAUUUCAGUGCAACAGCCAAGGUUUUUUGGUCGUCAUUGUCACUCUCUUGGAUCUGGUGGGCUCUCUAAAAUAACAGUAGAUGGCUAAUAAUUGUAUCAUCCUUAUUACUGAAGCAGCAGUCCAAAAACAAUUCACUUAACUACAUACUUGGCAGCUGAGAUAGCGGGAUAGAUGAGCAGUUUGGAAGGAGUUUAAGAGUGUCUUUCAAAUGUCCUAGCUGUACUUAAUGAAAUGUUGGAAGGGAGCAUUUACUCAGAGUGUGGGCGCCUGUCCUACAACAUACCUAGUAAACACACUGCAACAAACAUGAACACGCUUACAUUCUAGGAAGUACACUAAGCAGCUGUCAGAUGUCUAUAUGCUUGUAACGCAGAAAUAAAACAGACAAGUUAAGCUGAAAACAAAGACUGAAAAUGGGGGAAUGCUAGUUUAGCUGUCUGUGAUCUGUCAAGUUUGCAUGAGUCAGAAUUAAACGGCAGAGCCAUUUUCAGUAUAAAACAGAGUAAGAAGUUGGAGUCUCUUUCUCCAAACUCUUCAGUCAGCCAGAGAUUUAAGAAUUAACCAUCCCCUCAGUUAAGAUUUUUGUACUCUGACAUUUCUUGGGGCUGUAAGUGUGUCAACAUGUUCACGCAGCACCUGAGACAUCUGACAGUUCAAUGCAGUGAGACAUUUAAAUGCUCUCUGUGACAUUUAAGGUUUGCAAACAAAUAUUUUUUUACUUUUUUGAAACCAUGAGUGACGCAUGCAGUGAUCCAUUUCACUUUUAUUCCGCUAUUUAGAAUUGAUACUUCAAAAUUAGUUUUUCUGUCUUAUAAAUGCAAGUACUCUUCACCGCCUGGCUUUUUGCUCUGCUUCACACAUUGUCUGCUCGGUUUGUCUUGGAGAGUUACUCAUGAGCGUUCUUUUGAUUGUGAAGGGGAGUUUCAGCUCUUUUCUUAAAGACACAGGCACCAGGAAACAGUGUGAAGUUUUAAUGUUUUCACAAAACCACUUCACUGAUGAUUCCUUUAGCCAGUAAGAACUAAAUUUGUCACCUGUUCCUAAAACCCGGGCUGUUCUCUGUAGAGAACCUUUACAAGGCUUUAAACCACAAAUUGUAAAUAACACAACAGUAGGCAAUGUAACAACAGCUAACGUAUGCUAACAUGGCUAAAUGGUGGGCUAAUUGGGAGUUAACAGCAAGCCUUGGAAAUUUUCUGUAGGAGCAUUACUUCCUGGUUGUUUCAUAACUGCAAAACUGUGCUAGACUUAAUACUCGUAUAACUGGAAAAACAGCCCAAUAGUAGGGUAUUUUUUCAUAAGGAACAUGAUCACUCUUUUUUUUUUAACAGUGAAAUAUGUCACUUGAUGUGAAUAUUUGCAGUGGAAAAUAUUAACAGAGGAGGUUUUGGCAGCUUACUGUUACAUACUGCAUCAGACAUCUAUCUCGAAGCAGGGUUUACAAGCACUUAAAUCUACCAUAUAGACAAUAAGCCUGGUCGCUGGUGGCCUUGUCUGCUGUUGUUGUUCACAUAGAGGAAUCACUGUCAUUUUCAGUCUGUCAUAACCAUCUAAAAAAUCCUUACAGGUGUUAUAAGAAAAGAAAAUAUGUAUACAAUUGUAAAGCGCAGUUUGCAGACAAGAUAACUGAAACAUCAUGUAUGAUUGUGUACAUGUGCCAGGUGUAGUUCACAGCUUCAAACGUAAGAGAUAACACUUGUACCGUCUGUUGAGUCGGACUUUUUAAGAAACCUGACUCUACCCCCGCCCUCAGCAGGUAGCUUUACAACCUCAUGUUGGAAAACCCCCUGCUGUAACCCCAGACCUUCACACACACACACACACACACACACACACACACACACACACACACACACACACAAACCCUACUCCACUAUACACCCACUGAAUCCAACCUCCAACCUGCUUGCUCGCUCGCUCUCUCUCCCUCUCUUUCUCUCUCUCUUCUUGUUCAUUCACUUUGGGUUGCCAAGCAACUGCAUCACACUCUCCCAUAAUUGGUUGGUGGCUGCUUGAUUGUCCAUGCCUGUUAAUCUCUCUCUCCCUCUCGCUCUCUCUCCCUCUCUUACUCACCCACCCCCCUCUCUCUCCUCCUCUCAGUUGCUAGGUGACUUUAUCACGCAUCCUUGCCUUGCUGUGCUGUAAUUGGCUGGCGUCAUGGUUGCUGUGGCGUCAGGCCCGAGCUGGCCUUGCCUCAUUCCUCUGACAGUGUGUGUGAGUGUGUGUUAUAGCAUCUAUAUGAGUGUGUGUGUGUUUGAGGGGGGUCCUAUUGAAGGAAAAGAGGGUUCUCUGGCCAAUUAUAGAAGACGGGUGUGAAACGGCCGCCUGUCUGGCACCUGCGGCCCCCACUCAUACCCCAUAUCACACACACGUACACUUACACAGGCACACACAGACAUGCAGGUUGAAGUGUAGCAUUUCUCCAACAGGAUAAGCUGCCAAGUGGUUUUCUAUUGUAUGUAAAAAAUAUUGGUCCUGUAUUCAGUCCUGAGUGAGGAGAACUCAGAGCAGUGAGUAGGAGGAUUCACACUUCCACAUCUCGCUGCUGUUGAUUCAACACAGAGGGUUUCAGGUUUGCUUCAAAACUAGAAAGAGUCUGUCAAGACACUGAAUGUGUUUCAGAAGACUUUUACCUGAACGAACACAUUUGUAUAUUUUUCUCAUUGAAGGAGAUUAAUUUAUAAAUCAAUUAUUUUUAAGAUUAAACCUGAAUUUUGUGCAUCAACCAUCAGAGACCAACCACCAUCACUUCAAACCAAUGCUUCUCAUUAAUGACGUAGGAAACCUGCUUUUGCAAAUCUGUGUGCAGAAAUGCAGUUUGAAUCUUUUAGAGGCUACAAAACCGAGUACUCACGAAUAAAGUUAAUGUGUUAAAAGAUAGAAGAGGUAUCUCCCAUAUUGUUUCAUGCAUCAUCUCCCUUUCCUUUUCCCGAGCUUCUCUCUUUUCCACCAUGUUAAAUACAUUAUCCACUACAUAAUACACAGUAUAUACUGUCGAGCUCACUAUUUACAUUGUUUACUGUGCAACAAAUGUUGCCUACCAUGUUAUAGGCAUAAGUCACAGUGUGAUAUGCAUUAUCAACCACAUAAUGUACAUUACUUAUUAUUCAAAAAACGUUAUCCACAGUGUUACAUACAUUUUCACCUGGAAUACACAAUACAAUACCAUGCCGUACCAUUUUUUGCUGACCUGUGAACUUUAUCUACUGUGCAGUACACAUUAUUCAAUUUCCAAUAAACAUUUUGCACUUGAUAGUUUUAAGAAACUGCAUGAUCCAGCUAAGGUGCACUAUCUGCGGUCCAAAUAAAAAAUGUAUCAAUACACAAUAUCUACUUGCACUAUAGCAAUAUUAACUAUCUACCUUGAAAUGUACAUUUAACUGUAUGCUUUUUAUGUUGCAAAACCAUGUUUUCUAAUCAAUAUACAUCGUUUAACAUACAAAACACUCUAUUUACUAUGCACCAUACUACACAAUAAACAUCAUUUAUUCCUGUUGAAGUCUUGUGUCCCUGAAAUGGUCACAGUAGGUACAUAGAAGAAACAGUCGAGCUGUUGAAACACAGCAAGUUCCUGGUGCUCCUCCUCAGGGUUCAGACACAUGCUGGUAAAUUAACUCCCCCCCUAGAUUUUUCCAAGUCUCUUUUCCAGUUCUGUCUUUCUCCCACACAUUUCUCUCUUCGCUGAUGUCUAAGAUAUUUAGCAGUUUGACAAUGAAGAGGAAGAAAACUAUUUCGGAGACAUCCUCAAGUGUACUUCAUUUUCCUACACUAGAGGUUGCUGCUUGGGUUACAGAAGAAAACUGGAUUUUGAACCACCUCCAACUGGCAUCAGUAAAUUAAUAAUAAAGACUCGAUGAACAUAAGUUGUCCUGUAAACAAACCACCCAGAUAAUCUGUAUCUGCCCUCCUAUUCCUUUAUACCACCCUUCCAACCUUGUAGCCCCUUUCACACUUAAUUGUUAUGAUACAGAGCCUUUAUUGCCACAGUUAAAGCCACUAAUUGGCAAUCAAGGUUACAACCCUUUGUUACAACCCAUUAGGCUUUUAUGGUCAAAGCUCUGAUAGCAUGCCAAUCUCCAGUAGAAUACAGCAUAAGAUUAGCAUUGUAGCUCUAUAAUUUAUUGGAAUUUAUUGGACAGUGCGACCAAACAGUAAUUUUUCUAUCUUUCCUUGUCAAAACCUGGCAUCUACAUCACCCACAAUGCAACUCAACGGCUCCAAAACAGUGUCAGGUAUUUAAUGCUAGAAGUGGCGGAUGUAGCCUGGAGCUCUGAGCCUCAAGAUAGUGAAAAGGAGUGGACCACAAACUUUCAGCUUCUUUCACAUCGUCUAUACUUUGAUACCCCCAAACCCUUUAAUAGUCUUUGAUGUGUAAAACCAGUGGAGUUUUAUCUCUAAGAUUCAGGCAUGUUGUUGUUGAUGGGGAAAAAUGAUUGUUGUCUUUCAUCUGAUCCAGUGGUUGUUGAAGUUUUACAGUGUUGGAUAACAUUUUGUUAAAAAUGGAUAGAAACCACCCCUGAGCGUGAUUCAGGUUUUGUAUGAGAUUGUUAAAAGUAGCCCUUGAUGGAAAAUCAAAGCAAUAAGAAAUGACAGUCAAACAGAGGAUACUGAAAUAUUGAUUUUUCUGCAACAAUUCAGGAAGUUGUGCAGAAAGAGGAAAAAGGUCUUCUUCGAUAAAAUGCACAGCACUGAAGCAGCAACAAAAGCCAGAUCCCUGUUGUGGAAAUCAGCAACUGACUGCUGGAGAUUUGACUGGAGAAUUUGAAUAUGCAAAUCCAGCAGAGAGCAGCUCAUGAUGUGGAAUUCAUUUAGUCUGAGAACAACUACGUCACCUUGCAGUCACGUUGUAUUAGUGGAUGAAAGACGACUGGGAUCAAAGGGACACAGGAAGUGGGGGAAAUAAAGUGGAAGAGGGCAGCGCUCAUAGUUGGAUGUUUCUGAAGCACAUCAUCUUUUACCUGUCGUUGCAUCACCUGUCUCUGAGAGCUGCUUUCGCCUCACAUAUUUGUCCACGGAGGGCUACUUUUACAGCGAGUGUUAUUUUGGAAACAUGAUUCAAAGCAAUGAAAUUAGGAAAAUAAAGUUGAGAAAAGCAAUUUCAAGAAGGCGUGGAAAAACGGCCCAAAAAUUAAGAAGGUGCGUCUUUAAUUUAACAAACAUUUUCCUAACAGAGUGAGUCUUUUGUUGAGGGUCCCAGUUUUCUUUGACAUGCAAAUGUGCAAAAGCAACAGCAAUAUAUCUCUGGAAAUAUUUCCAUAUACUGAGAAUUAUUUCACAUUGGUUUACACACAACACCUAAAGCCUGUUCAUCUCAGCUGCACUGAAAAUCACAGCAACAGAAGAAGACAUAUAUCUACUUCAUUGGUUACGAUGUAAUGUCUACAAGAUAUCCAAGAUGGUGGAUAUCCAAAGUCAGACGUUGCACUGACAGUUUUUUGUCUUUAUAUCAGAAGAUAUAUAUAGCAUCAAUUACCAAUGAGCAGUACAUAAAAUUUUACCAAGCAGCUUCCUCACAGGCACAAACACGGUACAUAGCAAUGGCGUCCCUGCCUGGUAAUCGUCAGCCACAUCUCUGUUUACCAAUCCUUUAAACUUAAUAACUGUGAAACCAACUCAUCGCCAAAAACUCCCUCUGGCAGUGCACAGGUCUGAAAACUCUUAACUCCUAUUUUGUUUGUUAAAUAUGCAAAUUCAAACUCUCCCCUCUCUAAAAACUUAAGCACUGAUAAACACUCCCCUUUGGUUUUGCAGCCAGUUACUCUUCCAGCACAUUGUGAAACACUUUGGUUUUCGCAUUAGUUCCACUUAGUUUUGGAUCGUGUGUGUUUGUGUUUGUCUCCUUAAGAAGAUUGGUGUGUGCUGUGAUGGCAGAGCAAGGGCUGCUGGGACAUCUGGCUAACUGAGUGUAAGCUGCUAUAUUACUCCCCAUUAGGAGUCAUUAAGACCCCAAUUAUAGUUACCACCCCCCAGUUCACUCACAGGCACACACACCAGGGGUCUGCAGUUUGGUUUCGCCGCCUCUUUUUUAACAGAGCGUGCAGAGCAGAAAGGCCGGAGACUUUCCUCUUUGUUGGUACUGCAGAUAUUUGAGAAUUUGAAGCGAACUGACUUGGUUGGUGUAUCAGCAGAGUCCAGGAUUUUUCACUCUUAAUUGAUCUAAGGCAAAUUAAAUAUUGGAAUAUUCAUGUGUUAUGUGCUGGCUGUAAAUACUAAUAAACUUCCAUUUCUUGAAUACAUUAUAAGGACUGUGUAUUUACAUCCAAGGACAUGCACACAGCAGUUUUGUCAUUUGAUGCAUGCUUUACUUUUGUCUGUCUACACACUGAGAGUAACACUAAAAACUGAGUCAAAUGCAUUGUAUGCAUACUCAUAUAUGGCCAUCUACACUUGUUUAAAAAUGAAUUCCCAAAAGGAGUUCUCUGGAAAAAAUGCACUUGAGCCCAUUAUACCAAAAUUGGCUACUUAAGUCAAUUCAGAAAGAUUGAAGAACAACAAACUCUUUCAGCCUUAAUUUCUUUAGCUAAAACUUUGUUCCAGUUGCAUUUUUUCCAAUCACAAAAUUAGCUUCCAAAAUAAAAGUGCAAAAGAUGUUAAAAUGUACAUUACAGGGUUGUUUUUAUAUACUCAAUAUACAGGCAAAAGAGCCUUUUAAAACUUACAUUUUGAUAAGUUGCUCCAAAUAAGCAUAUGUGAAUCCCAAAAGCAAAUGGCUCAUGGCAGAGAGCAGAGGUGGUUCUGCGGCAUGUAUUUCUUUUCAUGUUUAAUGUUUUUACAAUACAGGACAUGAAGCAGCUUAAAUGCACGACAGUAAAAAUGUCUCAACAAAAGUAUCACAAACAGUCAUCUCUAGAGAUGAAUGAUGCCAUGUGAGAAAGUCAGCAGCUGUUAUGAGUGAAGUUCAUGAGGUAACAUGUUGCUCCUCUGUUGUCUUGUCUUUCCUUACCUUGAUUGAUUGUGUUGGGGUUUUGCAGUAAUUUCAUUGUCAUUAAAAUAUCUCACCAUGAUAAUUGUUCAGUGAAAAUAGAUAUUAUAGCACCUCCAGCACAGCGUGGAGGAAUGGUAAUAUGAUGGUAUAUCUAGUGGUCAGAUUCUAAGUUGAAAUAUUGUCUUUAUAUUACAUACUGCACCUUAAAACAAGGAUACAUAACAAAGUGAUUUAGCUGACUUAAAAUUUUCACUUGCAUCCACCCAAACCUGAGUACACAGCUAAAAAAAAGUACUGAUUGGAUUGAGACAGAGGCGGUGGCUGCUCCCUGCUCCAUGUCGGCGGUGCUGACAAGGCUUUGUGACAGGAGGACUCUUCUCUACUUUCCUCUCUGUCAAUAAAGCACUCAGAGAGGAAUUUAUUGCUUUAAUCGACUUUAUUCUCUAUGAACACUUAUUGGAAAACUCAUAAAACACAUAUUGGAUACAAUAAUGUUGCAGCUGUAAAAUCUUUGCAGAGUUGUAAAAUUCAAACUUAUGAGAUGAUAAAACCUUUGUACAGCAUUUUGGUGUCUAAACUCUGCAAACUGGACCCCCUGGACUGUUUAUUUUCUUGCUUCUGAAUCCAGACUGCGUGACUUAUAUAGCUAAAAUGAAAUGAAGCAAAGCAACUAUAUGCUCAAACAAGCUCAUAACAGUAAAGAAAUGAGAUUUCCUGUGAACAGCUCUGCACGGCAGCGGGGGGUCGUAUUCAGUGAGAGAUGACAUGUUUAGUCUUACUGAAACACAGAGUGAAGACUCAAAACUGCAGCUGUGUUUGGAAAAAUGCAUCUGCUUGCAGUUUGAUAAAUAAUCCAUGGAUGUUUUCAUGCAGUAAGUUACGAUACAAUACGAUUGACAAGAUAAGAUACGAUACAAUACGCUAUGACACAAUGUAAUAUCAUCCAAGGCCAUCUUUUGGUUAGUCAUGGCCACACUGAGCCUGCAUACCCUGUUGGUUGCUUGGUUGCAGAAAAUACUGUAAAGGACCAGCAAAGGCAUAAACUAAGACCAGGGAUGUACCUGCUUUAGCUGACACAGUAGAAAAGUCACUAAGAAAAUCACAUGGGAAUACAGCACUAAAUAGAGCCAUAAAAUGUAGACACCUUAUCACGGUUUGGACCCAAUCAGGAAGCCAAAGCAGUUGUCUUUAUUGAUGACUCAAAGUGUCUUUAUUGAUGGCUUAAAGGAGACAUUGCAAACUCAGAACUUUUCAAAAUAAAGCAGAAUUGGCAGAGUUUUUAAAGGCCAAACUCCUUGUCUGUCCCCUCUGGCUCGCUGCCUGUGACCCACAAAUCAAUCCCAGCAUGCCACAGUGAUGGAUGUCUCAAUACUUUAAACUGUAUGCAUGUUGAAUAAAGAGAACAAGGUGAGAGGUUGCUUGCUGGAGGAGAUUUUGCACAGUUGUAUCUUUUGGAGAAGCUUUUGGAUGUUUAGACCGUGUGACACACAAGUAUGACAUGAACCUUAUACAUUUGUACAACCUGAAGUAAUGAUGCGAAUGAUGAUGGAGUAUCUACCUAUAAUUUUUCUGCUGCUUGUCCAGAACUGGGUCAUAGUGGCAGCAGUCUAAGACAGUUGCACCAAACAUUGGUAUUCCUCUGAGCGUGCAUCUUUAUAGGAUGCUUAUACCAUCUCUACUGGCAUCUUUGAUUACAGAAGUGAACCCUCAAGCUCACAAUAUAAGAUAAGAAUAUUACAAAAUAAGAUAAUCUUUAGUUUUUGAAAAUCUGAACUAUGAACUGAAAUUUUAACACCUUAAAACAAAAACUUCGAAGCUCUUAUUUGGCCUGAUGCCGUGACUCCUCUCCACUUGCAUUUUUUCCUCGCUUAAACUCAAGUUUCAAGGACUAAGACACAAACAGAGUAGGCAAGGAAAGGAAAGAAGUCGGCACAGUGUAAGAAAGAGAGAGAAGUCUCUGUUUUAGCAGUUCAGAGAGAUGCUCGGAGUAAAUGCAGCGAAAGUUCUGCAUUUUCAAACGAACACAUAUCAGUGUGAAUGUAGCCUAAGACUUCAUCAAAUCCCAUCUGAAGUCAGUCUGCUGCACAUACUACCCACACACACACACACCCCUAGCCAAGAUACACACAUGUACACUCACACACAGCUGGAAGGCUUUCUAUCAUGGAGAGAUAACUACAGGCUGAGAACAAUAGAGCAUCUCUUCUCCCAUCUGGUGAAGUGGGGGAUGAAACUUAAUUUACAUUUCAGAUCCCACCACCUCAGGGUGUGUGUGCUGUAAGUGUGUAUGUGUGUGUGCCUAUGUGUGUGUGUGUGUGUGUGGGCAGGGGGGGUGUGGAGGGUUGGUGAUAGAGGGAACAAAACGAGAUUCAUUUCAGGGUGAAUUUGGGAUUAUGAAUUAACACGCCGCGGUGCUGAAAGACUUCAUUUACAGCUAAUUGAGUGUAUUGGCUCAUUGAAAUGGGUGUUGUGUUAAAACUGGUCUGCGUGCCUGGGCCCCUAGGCUGUGUGAGUGUGUGUGUGUGUGUAUGUGUGUGUCUGCCAGUCCAUGUGUGUGUGUGUGUGUAUGUGUAGAAAGCCAGGGGUGGUAACCUGUACAUUAGCGAGCAGCUGUAGUUAAGACGUGUGAAAUUAGAUGUAGAAAUUAUAAUAAAAUGUGACACCUCCUUCUGUUUCCUCUCUCACUCUCUCUCUCUUUCUCUCUCUCUCUUUCUCUCUCUCUCUCUUUGGCAGGUGAAAAGCCGUAUAAGUGCUCAUGGGAAGGCUGCGAAUGGCGCUUUGCCCGCAGUGACGAGUUGACACGACACUACCGCAAACACACCGGAGCGAAGCCAUUCAAGUGCAACCACUGCGACAGGUAAACACAGAAAACACACACAGGCAGUGCCUAUGUCCAAAAACAAUGACAAACACUCAGUGUAGUUACAUUUUCAGGACUUUUAUGCCCUUAAGCUGUCAAGGACUAGUGUUGAACCUGUGUAUCCCAGCACGGACAACUCCAAAAACCUUAAAAAAAUGAGUUUUUGAGUCACAUGGUUCAACAAAAUGGAGAUAAAUUCAGUUAAUGCAUUUCUUAUUUUUAUUUAAGACUGCUUUUUUCAUUUGGAUAGAUGUGGAAAAUGUCAAAAGAUAUACUCAGUUGUAAGUAAUAGAGUUCAGGAGGCUUUCAAGGUCUCGGUUUUGUGCAUUGUGGCUCACCAUUAUUGCUUCACUGGGUCAAGUCCUAAUGACUGCUUUGGAAAGGGCCAAUAUUUUAAGCAUUUUGAAUAAUACACUAAAAGAUAUAAAUCUUUGAACUCAUGAAAUAGUAAAAGAUGCCUCAAACAAUAUCUCUCAGGCCUUUGACCAGAUCCCAGCAUCCCAAUUAUCUCCUGCUUGCUUAUUUUGUGCUCUGCUAAGUUAUACAUCAAAGUUGUUUGCCAAAUAUGGUAGCUUUGCUCGAGCCCGAAUCUUUAAAACAUGGCAUGAUAGUUUCCCCCAGUGUCAGAGAGUAUGGGUGAAAGUAUGAAUAUCUGACAGGGCAGGUGGAUAAAUCAAAUGAAAAUGGGAUUUUUAAUCCAUGAGACACUGAAAAACUUCUUUUAUUCAAAGAAUAGUCAAGAAAUAGUCUUGUCUAAUCAUAUCUUAACCAACAACAAUGGCAGGUGAGCAAUAGGACUUGUGUGAUGUGUAAUGCCAAGGCAAGAUUUCUUUUCACUAUUUUUAUGGGGUUAGGGAAGAGGUGUAUGUCCUUAAAAAGUAAAUAUUAAGCAUACAGAACAAUGUUACACAGACUUAAUGGCUGAGGGAGGGCAAGAGCCGUAAGAGAACUUUAUUGAUCGAGCAGCUGUAGGUGCUGGUUGGAAGUGUUCUGAAAUAAAGGUUGUGGGUGCUGCUAACAAAAAAUGCCCUUAUAGGUUAAAUAAGAUUGAAAGAUACUAAACCAAUAGAGUUUAAUAGUGGUAUGUAGAUUAUUUUUCUUGGGCCACUGUCAAGGCUGCCUCUUACAACCAUCUUGUUUUAGCAUGUUUGUUCAACGGUAAAUGGGAGUUCUUCCAUUUGCAUAACGCGUCUAUGCUUCAUCAUUAUUCAAUAAAGUAACAGAAAUGUUUGUACAGUUGGAAAUCAGCAGAGACGCUCCAAAAAAUACAUUCGUUCCAAGUUGCUGUAUUGUAACUAAUGUAGCAUACACAGACAGUGUAUGAAUUUACAGCUCAUUAUACAGCAUGUUCCUCACGCAUAAAUAAACAAAAUGACAUUAAUUACCACUUUGGAGACAGAAUACUGCAAAUGUGUCACUUUAAAGUUAUAUGAUAUUUGCCCUCUCAAGCAUAUGUGUACAGGAGGAGCUCAGAUAGGCCGUUCUGGUGACUCUGUGAUAAUGAAAAUUCAUGAGCGAGGCUUUUAGUGUUAUCUAUUUACUGUUAGGAAAUGUAAUGGCAUCAAAUAAAGCUAUAGUUCCUAAUGUAAUCCCACUGUUUGGCAGCAAAAGAAAUGCAUAAUGGACAGGAGCGAUUUUGUUUUGGGAGGUGCGCUUUUCUUUAUUCAGUGUUUGGCCUUAAAGGUAGUGGGUGUGUGGCCGUUCCUGUGUGUUUCUGUGUGUGUGUGUAUGUGUGUGUGUUAAUGCUUACUCAUGCCCCUGUGCUGGCAGCUAAAUGGAUUCUGGCUAUUGGCAGGCUGGUCGCGGCUAAUUGAGUGGCACCAGAUGCCAGCUCCACUUUAACAUACACUCUCCCUGUAUGUGUGUGCGUCUGCCCUACCUUUCUGCUGAACAACAUACACACACAUACACACACACAUGCACACUUUAGCCCUAGAGACAGUGUAAUUGGCUGUUGUGGAUUCCCUCUAGUUGGGGUUUUAGACAUAAAACCCUCCAGAAACCUGCUGGAAGCUUCUAAUCCUGGCUGAGAGCUGGGACUGUAUUAGCUCUUUUUUGGCACACAAACACACACAGGCCAAGGCACAAUAUGUACACACACAGACACACAUGUACAGAAUGCAAAGAUGGUUAAAUGCAAAGUUAUAUUGCAAUGCAUGAAUGUCUAGAGGUGCCAAACUUGGCUGUACAUUUACAGACAUAAGCUGUAUCACACUGAGGCUCUGCAUGCUUCAGGGUCUGCAGAGCUAGGAGAAGCUUUGUUGUGAGGCCGAUGUUCUUUGUAAAUUCUUGUAUACUGACACCUGGACUCUUGUAGGGAAAUCUUUGCAUGCAAAAAGAAGAGGAUAGUGAUCUUUGAAAUGUUCAUAGAAAAGCAAACUGCAACUCAUAAGUGUUUUAGAAAGAAACAUCCAGAUAAAGCAUGUUGUUUAUGCAAUUGUUUCUUGAUUUUUAAGCUCUGUUUUGGUCUCUGUCCACACUGUUUAAAGAAAGUCAAAAUACACUUUUUUGUAGUGUUGGUUUAAUAGAAAAAAGUUUAAGACUAGAGAUGAGGUAGAUGGUUUGAGCCUUGGCAAAUUGGUCACAGGCUGCUUUUUCAAAAAUAAACACGACUGUAGACCAAACUCCACUUACCAACCGGUAGCCAGCAAAACAUUAAACCCUGCAUGGCAAAUGUAGAUGGUAUUGGUGAUGAGACAUAUUGUGUAAGAAGAUGAUUUUAACACUUUAUUCCCUCUUAGAGACCUCUUUAAACAGACUUUCUCUGAUCUAUCUGUGCUGCUCACUAUAAAAUUUGUAAUAUGAGCUUCAUAGAGAAAGAAGAAGAAAGACUGAGCUGUCUUCAAACAUGAAGACUCACACUGCAGACAACAAAAUCCACAAUGUGCAGUUUCAGUGCAGCUGUGAAGCUCCUUCUAAUACCAACUUUUUUUUUCUGCUAUCCUACCAGCUACCAGUAUUGUAGUUGAGCCCAGAAAAGGUAGUGCUUUUUGUCAGAAGGUAGAGAAAUAAAAGUUAAAUGAAAAAUAGAGGUAAAUAGACCCUGUGUGUGCAUAAUGGUGUAAACAUUAGCCAGUUUCAAUAUUCAGUCUACAUUACAGACCCACUGCCUGAUAGCGUUGUGUCGUUCACGAAUGAUUCGUUCAAAAGAACUGAAUCUUUUAAGUGAACGUACAGAACCGAAUCACUUCCUCGAGUGAUUCGUUCGUUUCUCACUUCAGUUGAGCUGAAGUGAGAAACUGCAUUGCCAGGCCAGCAGUCAGCAAACGAGGGACCACAUGCACCGAUGCCUGAAUCACUUGGUGAACGAAUCACGUGUUGAACUGAACUCUCUGGAAUCAUUUUUGUCGGACAAAACUACCUUUUUUUCACUGCUAAAUUGCCACCACAGCAACUUGUGGAUAAAUAGCAUACCAUAGGGCAGUACACUUAAAACAUCAUGACUUAUAAACAAGUUCAUUUUUACAAACCUGUUUGCCAAAGCAACACAGCCAAACACUCUCGUCUCCUGGUCCCAGAAGCUUUGAAUUGAACUGAAUCCUGAACUGUUCAGCUGUGUAUCAGUGCAGAAGGUCGGAGUUGCAGGGUUCUCCCGCCAAACGCUAAAUGAUUCGGUGAUUUGGUGAACAAAUCUUUGAACGAAUCCUUUUAGUGAACUGAUUCUAGUGAUUUAGUACAUCUAAAAGAACUUGCUGUGCCCAUCACUACUGCCCGAACCAGCUUUGGCAGUGAAGGGGUCACUUACUUCUAUCUUUUGGGUAUAACACUGGGAUGCAGUGAAGUACCUUUCUUAGGAUCCUCAUUGUUUAACUUCCAUCCCAAUUUAAAGGGUAAAUAGGAGUAUGUGAGUAGUGAUGGUUAUCCAUUUUCACACAUAAAGAAAGCAUGAAUGAGCCUCAAGUCUCCGUUUCCUCAAAGCCUUUGAUUGCUCUAAAAACAAGUUGAGUGAAAACAUGCUUAACACAGCCAGGAUGUUUUACAGUAACACACACAUACACACAGACACACAUCUGUGGUGGGCGGAGCCGAAAAUAUUACCAUGAGAAUGGCAGAAAGUGUCAGCCAUGGAGAGGUUAACAUUAGAUAGAACGUUCAAUCUGACACAAUUUCUCCAGGGACACACACACGCAUGCACGCACGCACACACCCACACACACACAUUAGGCAGUCUGUCAUUAAUCCCGCCUAAUCAAGCGGGGACCCCCUGAUGUUUCCAUGGCGCUGGAAGAAGGAGGAGUGAUGAGGAGGAGGACAAAAAGAAGUGAGGAGGAGGAGAGAGAGUUUAGAGGAGGAGAAGAGGAGUAUGGGACGGACGGAUGGAGGAGAGGAAGGGGGGGUGUGGGGGGUACCAGCUGGUCUGGCUGCUCUGCACCCCAACAGUGACACAGUAACUGGCAUGGCCAUCUGUCCGGUCUCACACGCGCACACACACUCACAGGCUGGUGGAGGUGUACAGUAGGUAGCACAUGGACCGAGGAUUGAAGGGAAACACUGGAGCAGAGACAACAGAGGGCAGAGUUCAACUGCUCACAUUAGUGCUGUGAAAUCUGAAAACUGGCGCGAAUUGAAACGUCAAACUCAUUCUGGGCAAACCAGUUUUUUACAAACUUGCAGGCCAAAGUGACACACUAACACAACAGGAAAAUCACUCCCUCUAUUAAAAUGUUAUUUUUUUUCUGACAGCAAAAUUGAAAUUUUUCUUAAACAUCUUCUGCUGAAGACGUAAAAGCCUGAAAGUGACAUCCAUUCACUGCUAACAACAUAAUUGCACAGGUUUUUUAACGACAUGGUAAUAAAGGUGGUUUAAUGUCUGCAUUAGAAAUCGUUUCCUUAAUCCAGCCCAUUGAAAUGUGACUGAAAAUUUUUGGAUCAGAUUCAGCCAAUACCUCCAAAUACAGUCACUGAUGCAUAUAAAUCUUUCACCAAACCCUGAAGCCGCACGACUGGUGUUGUUUCAUACAGAUAAGACUCAAGUUUGUCAUCUUUCUGUACUUAAAAGCAUCAGCUCAGCAAUCAGCUCAAAGCUGUUUAAGUUCCAGAUGUAACUUUUGCUCAAGUUAAACACCUUCCACUAGUUCCUCUGCAAUUUUCCUGUCAAGAUUUGAAGCUCUUUUAAUGACUGCUCUCAAAUUUUCCAGCAUGUCUAAAAGUAAUUUUCCUUCUCGUCUAAAGACUAACAUUAAAAGAAUAAAUCACAGUCGAAGCAUCUGAGAGGUUUCUACGGUGUAAAAACUUUUUUAUUGUGCAUUUAAUGUUCAUCUCAUCUUGUUUGGUAGAACAGCAGCCACACAACACACACAUACACAUACACACACAUAUAACUGUCUCUCUUCCUCCCUCUCUCUCACAAACACACAGAUUAGGCUGCACUAAUUAAUAAUGAAUAAAGCCUCUGGCAAACUGAAUUUUUAAUUUCCCAUUUUAUUCUCACCCACGUUUUGUUUUCGCCUCUCAUUUAGUCAUAUCAUUUGUGAUGCAUUUUAUUGUGGAUGUUCAGCUCUAAUGUCUUCACAGCGCUGUGAUAAAAUGAAAAUCAGAGCGACAUUAUGAUUCUCUGUAUAUUAAGCAUCAGCAGCACCUGGUUUUAUGUCUUUCUCACACCAGGUGCAGUCACUGCAGAGUUAAAUGGCCCGGCAUCAGAGAGUGCUGCCAGCCUGUCUGCAUUAGUGUCCAUGUUCAUGAUGCAUAUCUAAUUAGUUUCUACAAUCGUAUUGUACCCGCAGCUCAAGGACUGACUGCAGAGCUGUGGAGGUCUGGCUGUGAUUUAUGGUCGUGUUGGAGUCGUAUUUAGGAAAUCACUGAGCCUGAAUACAUAGACUCUCGCUGGAGUAACACAGUGAAGUAAGACUCCUGAAACUUUAUGUACAUUUGAAAUGAAGUGUUAGAGAACCUCCGAAGUUCUUUUCAUUAUUAAAUUUGUGUGUUAAGCCACGAGUACAGUCUAAAUCUGCCAGUCUCUCUGCCUGUCCUCAUGUUAAAAUAAUGGUCUCACUUUGAGCCCUUUCUGUCGGGUAUAAGAAACUUACAGCAGCAAUCCAGCCAAAACUCACAAGUUUCUUUUAGAAAGGAAAUAUUAAUGGUACACUGUGCAGUGCUUAGUAGGAUAUGGUAAGAAUGAGUUAAUUGGAAAGGAAUAUUAUAUCCAUAAAUGUGUUUUUGUGAACUUUAAGGUCCACUGCAAUCGUUUUUUUUACUACUUGAAGUGUUCUCAGUGGUCUUUGAAUUGUGAUUAUGAAGUUUUACCAAAAAUUGCGUUACCUGAGUCAUUUUCAUUAGCAAUCGACCUCUGAGUCGUGGGCGGAAACUGCGCUGCUCUGCACACUCGUCUUCAUGUUAGCUUGCAGCCUAACAUUGCCAGUGUAGUAGAAGUGGCAGGUAAUGUAGGAACUAUUUAGCUUUCAGACACUAAUGUCUUUAGGGACACAAUGAAAGUUAAUAUCAUAAUUAGCUUUCUUACAAGCAUUUCUAUCUGCUAAUGCAGACGUUUGUUCCGCGAUCGUCCUCUCUAUUUCUCCGAGCCUGGCCUGCAUAGCUGGGCUUUGGGGGCGGAGCUUGGAUUGGUUACUUAUGACAUUUCAAUGUUUCUCAACCUGCUGUUUGGGUCUGCCAGAGAUUCACAGCGAUUUGAAUGAAGACAUACUCAGAAAAGCCAUUUCGCAUUUAGUUUGAUAUGUCCUGUAGAAUCUGAAAAAUGCCAUAUGAACAUAUAAAACAACAAGAAAAACAUGAUUUUCAUCAGAGUGGGUCUUUAAAACAAGCCUUUUACAUCCUUUCCAUGGUGGCCAUCAUCUUGCAUCCCCAUGUUUCUACUGUAGCACAGAAUGGACAAAUUAGUGCCAUACUCAAUUUUAUAUUCAGUAAGUGGCAGCACCAGUUGCAAGAUGAAAGAAUGUGGUGACUGUAUGAAUCACACCUAUCAUACAACGCAGUAGAGUUUUGCCCUCAGAGACCAUCACGACAGGAAGGGUGAGCAAGGGAGUAUUUCAAUCAGACUUUUAUAUAUCACUAAAUAGUCCUUUUGUUCCACGUUUAGGGACAACAAACUGCAUAUUGUCCAAAAAACUAAAAUCAUGAAUUCCAUCCUUUAUGGUUGAAAGUGAGGAGAGAGAGCCUGGUAUUUUCCCAGAGUAACUCCAUAUAUCAAGAUACACUCAAAGCAGUUUAUCUGACUUUGUAAUAUAAGGUUCAAGUCAAGAAGUACAGUAAUAAGAAACAAGGAUGAACAUAUUUGUCUUGUGUACGGUAAUGUGAAUAACCAGGUUUCUCUAGGCGCAAGCAAAUGCCAUAUUCCAGUAUUUCAGAUAAGUCGCUCAGUCAUUCUUUGAGUUUGUUAACCCUCAUCACUUAUCCAACAAGGCAAUUUGACUUUCUGUAGAAAACAAAGGAGCACAGAUUUUAAAAGAUUUAUUUAUUGUGAUUUAAUGUGUGCCAAAAGUCGUUUUGUCAGAGGAGGUUGUUUGGUACCUUCAUCAUUUAUUCGUUGGCUAACUAAUCUGGCUAACUGAUGAGCUAAAGUGUAGAUCACAUCAUGAAUAGUUCAAAGGGAAGCUUGGGACGGACUUCUGUUCCUGCAAAAUCCACAGAACCAGGGAAUCUUUAAGUGUGCCUACAGUAACAGUGUGGAGCCUUCUGUCAAAAACACUGAGCCAACGUUUAGUGCGAGAGGCUGGAUGUGUGGAGCGUUUCCAGGAAACACACAAUGCUGGUGGGAAGUUCAAGGGGCCUGGGAUUAUGGAGCGCUCCCAAGAUGAGCACAGAGCCAGUGUGUGUUUAAGGGUGCCUGGAAGAGUGGCCUAAUACACGAAGCCAAAGUCACUGACUGGCUCUGUUUCUACGAUAUACUGCAUUAUUUUAUAUUCUAACUUGUGUAUAUUUAUGAAAGCUGUUUUUUAUUCAUUCUUAUUCAAAUUUCCGAGUUUUUAUCCACUUCUUUUGUCUUCUUUUUUUCUAAAUUAUAAUAAAGUAUUAAUGUUUCCCUUUCUUUAUCCCAUUGCCUCUCUUUUUUAAUGUAAUGUUGAGUAUUUUGUGAAUUUUUUUGACACAGUUUUCUGUUUCUCCCCCCUGCAGGUGUUUCUCCCGGUCAGACCACCUGGCUCUGCACAUGAAGAGGCACAUCUGAGGGCAGAGGGGAAAGGAGUCGGAGAGGAGAGGAGGCAAGAGGGAAAAGAUGACGGAGAAGAAGAGGAGGAGGAGGAGGAGGAGAGAUAGGAGGAGGAGAGAGGGAUGGGCAGUAGAGCUACCAACCGCCCGCCUCGUUCACCCCGUCUAUGAACCAGUCGGCUGCCACGACGCCUGCAGGGCAGCGCAUCUAUCUGAGAGGGCCGUAAAAUCGAACUGACUGAAGGCCCUUUCUCUCGCUGAAGACGGGGGAUUGGAGGAAAAACAAGGAGUAGCUAGAUUGUUGAUUUUCUUGAAAAUUACACACUCACACUUGCAAUAGUAAACACUCAACACCGCCGUCUUUGAAUGCAUCAUCCCGGUGAACCUCGGCUGCUCUCAUGGAGCUCUGGGGACUUGGACACUGCCAAAGCAACAUAUACUUAACUUGCUUGCUGAAACAUUACGCCGCCUUUUUUUCUUUCUCUGUAGUCAGUGUGGGUCACUUUUGGGUGAGGAGGUAGUUCAGUGGGAAACGUUAAAUAUCCAUAUAGUCAGUUUGUUAGUGCUUUACCGGAUUGUCAAAUCAAAUACUCAACUUUUUUUCUUUCUCUUCAUACACGGGACUAAAGAAACCAUCACCUGCCGCAGUCAGCUUCAGUAACCGACCUGAAGAAAACAACAAUGCCAAAUCUGCAGGAGAGAGACUGUACAGAUUGACUUCUAGCAGAGCUGACAAUCGUACCCAGAGUUUGGACGUUGGGUGUUUCAGCGCACCGAUGGGACCUCGAUCAGCGGGUGCUCCUGCAGCUCUCAGGCUCUCCUCCAGAGGGUGUUAGCAUCUCUCACCUUCACUGAGACGCCUGCCGCCUCCACAGGCUAUCUGACAGAAAUGCGCAGCGACACUUUCUUCCUUUUUUUUCUACUUAGAGGACGAUGAUUCUUCGUAUUGUUGUUACUACAAAGAAUGACACUUUGUUCUUUUCUCUCUCUGGGAGAAAAAUGUCUUAAAACUCACAGAAUUGUGUUUUUGAGGAUAAAAAAACUGAAAUCUAAGAUGACUUCAACAGAAUGUGUGGGAUGAGAAGGAGAGCGUUGUUGGUCUUUUAAUCCCCAUGUGCACCGGCUGUGCUCCUGCAGUCUGCAAGCAACCAGCGGAUGAACGAAAAGAAAAAAAAAAACAGAAUCAUACCGACUCUCAGAAAGGGGAUUUGUAUUUUUCUGAAAAAAUAAAAGCGAGGAGCAGAGAGGUCUUCAGUUUUUUGUACAGCUCCUUCUGCCCUGCGAUUCACUCCAGAUGGAAAACAAAACCCUUGUACGACCCUCCGUGGUCUCGCACUCUGUCGGAGUCAGGCGGAGGACUAGCUAAAAACUGGGAACCUGUUUUUUUCUCUUUCCUUUAUUUUUUUUUUUUGUUCUUCUUUCUUUGUUUCUUUUUGUUGAUUCUGAAAAUCAUCCUGGAGCGCUCUCACAGACUCCGAGAUCUCAUCCCCCUGGCAUCACCGCAGGGCAAGAACGGAGGCUGAUGAGCUGCUUUUUGUUUAUUCACGUGGGAUUUAAGACGCCAACGGACCUUUUGUGCGCCGGUGCCGAACAGACACGGUCACACACGCACGGCCUGACAGUCAAACUUGCCUGUUUUUAUCGUAUCCAUUGACUGCACUGACUUUUUUUCAAUGUUAUCUGUGCUUUUUUUUCUACAGCGAAAAAAGGAACACAAAGACAAAAAAAUUAUAAAAGACUUGAAAAAAAUCCAACACAAAAACAAUCCUGUCUCGCUCUACACACAUUGUAUACAGAACAAGCACACACACACAUACUCCGUCAACACACACACACACACACACACACACACAUACACACAGACUUACACUGCAGUUUCUUUGCUCACGGCUCUUCUCCAGAUAAGACUAAUAAGAUUUAGGAAAAUAAUUAUUAAACUAAUGAACAGAGUUGGAAAACAAAACACUGCAUGGCAGGCUUUAGCGCAAACACUCAUACACACACACACACACACACACACUCUUCCAGGAAUUAUAUGUUCUGCUCCCAGAUCUUUUUUCACAGUAGGAAUUUAGCAACUGUUGUUUAGUAGAGGAGUAUCUUAGCUCUCGGCUGGAGGUAACAAACGAUCCCAAAUCCUUUGAAGUGAGAAAUCAGCUUGUUCUCAGUUCCAACAAUCACCCACAUAUCCUUCGCUACAGUUUCUGCCUCUCAUUUAAUCAGCGUUUUUACUUCAGAGACUCGCAGCUGCAUUCGAGGGUCUGAGCCACUUUCAUCAGACUUUCAUCUAAAGUCAAUAGAAAUAAAUCAAACACAACAGGCCUUUAUCAAAACUUACAACACAGCUGAAAACAGGCCGAUAAUCCGCGGAGAGCCUUUCAUCCUGCAUCUAAUGUACACAAGAUAUAGUCAUCCUAAGAAGGCGUCACAUCUGAUGGCCAAAAUAAAGCAGAAUUUCACAUGGUUUUAUUAAAACCUGCCAAAUCAGCUUUUCAGUUUGGGAAAAAUCAUUUAGAAAAAGGACUAAAUUGAUUGACACAGUGAUUUAAAACUGGAAAAGAUGUUGCUGUACAAGCUCUCACAGGAACAGGCUUUGAGAAAUCUGGAUCUGUUGCAUUGAGACUGGCACAAAAUCAGCUGUUUCUAGUUUGGCAGUUUGACCGUUUUUGCUUGUUGCACUAAAGAUCUUUGGUACGGUGGCCUGCGAGGAAAGACAAGCUGCCAAGAGAGAAAUGAUGCAAAUGCUCAAAUAAUGCAAACUCAACCACUUCAGCCUUGAAACGCUGAUGCUUAGCUGUUUACCGGCUGUGUGUUAUUUUAAAGAAAUGUGAACUGAAUUUAACAUUAUCACCCACACCAGAAUUACCAGUCAGUUUAACAUACUACAUUACUACUACUGUGUCUGAUCUGUAGAGUAAUCACUCACUGCUAGCCAGGGCUGUAACUCCAGUAGUUUAUGUCUAAUGUAGGCUCUGUCAGAUCAAACUGGCAUACAACCACCUGACUCAAGCAAUCAGCUCAGGCAUGUAGAUGUUAACUUGUGCAGAGGACUGAAGACUGGUGGUGCUAGCUCUGCUAAUGGUAGCCACACCCAUCAGGCCAUUUUGCAUUGCUUUUCUGCAGAGUAUGUGAUCCCAUGUCGCCUAUUCUCGCUCUAGACUAUUGACACAGUGGUCAGUUUGUUUGAGGUUAAAUUUCCAGUCACUGGUUUUUGACUUUGCACUGCUUGUGUAUUUGCAGUGCAUUUUCUUCUGAUGCAGUUAUUUCAGCUUUCUGAUGCCGGUUGUUGCAUUAUUUUCUCAACUCUGGCCUCGUCAGGGUUGUUGCAGGUCCUCUGUCCUUGUCAGCCACUGUACCUCAGGCCUGGAUACAGCAGCAUUUUAAUUAUCUAGUUUACGCUCAGCUCAGAAAUGUUUAAACCAGUAGAUCUAAACUGAAUUCAUCCCAACGAGAGCUGUGCUUAAUUUCACUUCAGCACACUAAUGAAAAAAAUUAAUUAGUGCAUUUUUUAAUGUGAAACCUCUGCGUUUCUGCAAUCUGCUUAUUCCCAAUACAGCAAGCCAUAUCGCUCGCUACUGCUGUUGUCAAAAACUACAAAAAUACACGAAAGAAUAUUGUUUUGAUUUUUCCUGUAGUAAUUUAUUUACAGGUUCAUGGCCGUGUCAAAACUUACUUUUAAGCUUUUUUAAACUUGACUGAACAGCUGAUGAAGGUCCAGUCUUCUAUCUGUGCCAUGAAUGUCAUCACUCACCCUGAAAUAUCUGAUGUAAAAAUGAAAGGAGAGGUGAAAACUAGGCGAGCACAGGUCCACACUUGCUUCUUUCGCUCAGUGAUUGCAGAAAAAAUAAACCCGCCUAAUCAAGGCAUUACUGAUACCAACAUCAACACCGACGUUUACACCGCUGCUCCAUCCGCCCACCACCACCUAUAUGCCCUGUAGCGCACGCUAACAGUCUAAUACUCACUUCUGACUGGUACAGCUGGGUGAGGGUCCAGGGUUCCUGAAGCUGGCGGGGGUUUUCAUAUCCCAGCAUGCCCAGUCACCGUGCCAGUCGGCCUUGCCAGCCUUCAUUAGGUGAAACAGUGAAAACAUUCCCCUUCAAGGGGGUUUUAUGGUGCAGCUUCGAACAAUCGAUACCAAAAACCUCCAGCAUGGAACUGCCCUUCAGCCAUGGGCAGAGUCUCCCGGGUCAGGAGAGAUCAGCGGGAGACCGCCUCCAUAUGAGGCCUCUGUAUCCAGCGGCAGCUUUCUCUACUAACUCUCUCUUUCUGCUAAAUACAACGUAAAGCAACCCACGUUUGGGAUGAAUCCAGUGUUUCCCUUUUAAUUUCAUUUCAUUGUUUGGUUCCUGUAACAAAAGCUGUGUUGAUGGUUGUUUUCUUCUGCUUGGAUGACGCAAACUCAUGCCCAAAAUGUUGAGACAUACAAUGGGAUGUAGAAGGAACCCCCCUAUACAGGACGUACAAUCAUAGAGGGUUGGGGAUUGUAGCACUUUUGUGAAGCUUUUGAUGGCAUGAAUGUGUAUAUGUGUGCGUGUGAUUGUGCGCGUGUAUGUGUGUGUCCCCAUUAGGCAAACUGUGAGGGCAGCAGUGAUUCAGCAAGGUGGUUGAGAACGGAAUUAAAACUGCUGAACAUGUGUGCAACCUUGUGGGAGAAGUUUUGGUUGUUACUUCUGCUGUUGGAAAUGCUCUUACCAAGCAAUGGCUGAAAAUGUGUUUGUUAGGUUUGAGUUUAAACCCUUUUUUCGUUCACGCAUUCAUUCAUUCAUUGCUGCCACAGUCAUGGAAGUGCAAGUCAGAGUUGCAAUUGUGCACCUUAAAAUCGGACACCUCUUUCAAAGAUUGGUUAAAAAUACACCACUGGCUUAACAUCUUGCCCCCUUUCCCAACCAAAUUCUUAAAACUCAUCAGUAUUUGUUCUGAUCUUGAAUAUUUGAAUGUAAAUCAGACCCUUAAAAAACACUUUAUCCAGCACAAACACUGGUGUUAACUAUUUUGUACUUUGUAAAAGAAAGUGGGACACAUAAUCGGCGCCUCAUUUGCAUUUUGUCCCCAUUUGUCUUGUUGCUUUGUGAAAGCGGACUCAUUUUCUGAGCGGCAAACACCAAAAGAAGAUCUAAUGUACAGAAAACUUAAAUCUGUGUUGUUUAACUAUUGAGGGAAAACCUUUGCCUGCGUGCCGACAAAAAAAAGGAAAGCAAUUUAUGGAUACGAUUAUGAGCUCCUUUUCUCUUUUUUUCAAGAAAAACAUAUUUUUAAAGAAAAAAGCCAGCAAACAAUGAAAUAGUGACCUUAUUUGUCUCAAAGGAAUACAUAGCUUGCAGUACUUUUUCUAUUUUGUUGGAACAAGACAUUAAAAAAUGUUUGAAACUACAAAUACAUUCAAACAAGAUAAAUAACUCCUGCUGGCUGGCAUCUAAAACUCCACCUCAUACUUCCUCUCUUCUUUAAUUAAAAUCUAUCUUGACAUCCAACAGAUCUCAAAGUCACUUCAGAUACCAUUUCACAUUUGGUCUCCUUGUCUCCCAGCCUGUAGGAGCAGGUUUUCUGUCACAGUGUUGCUCCGGGUCUCCUGUCGUCUCUCAGGCUCCUCCAGGCCAACUAGCUGCCGUCCCACAGCUCUGAUUAGCAUUAGCACUCCCGGGUCCUCUUCUCCAGUCGCAGUUCAGCUAAUGAGAUCGCUUUGGGUCACAGGGAAACUGAGUGGUCUGGAGCAAAAAAAAAAAAAAAAAAAAGACAACAGGGACCUUGAGUCAGACCGUUUCCAGCUCUCCAUACCCAGUGGACAGAUUUGAUGUAGAACAAACAGGAGAUUCUGUUAACAUAGGGAAACGCCAGGAGCCAGUGGGUUAUCUCUUACAGACACUGAACUAAGAACUCAUUUACCCACACGGAUAUCCAAAUCAUUACAUCAGCCUUUGCAUUUUAUCUCAUGGAUUUCAGAUAAAAUAAAUGACCAUUUAUCUGCAAAGUCUCUACAGAUAUUUAAUCCUGUAUCCUCAACCCUCUCUUUUCCUCCGCUGGUAAAACGCCGUUCUCGUUUCCCUCCCCCAUCUCCUCUUUUCUGUCCACAGCAGUUGUCCAUGCACUAUCAGCUGCAGGAAUGCACACUUUACACAUUUUGCCCAAAGAUUUGCAUAUUUGCAAGUUAACUGCUGUGAAUGUAGUAGAUUUAGGGACAAGAGCCGAGAGGCAGAGACGCAGAAAACGAGUCUUGGAUGGGAGGUGGGAGGAGAGGGAUUAGUUUUUCUUACCUGAUCGUCCCAUUAAAUCUUAAUUACCGGCGUGCUCCGACUCUUCAUGCUUCAUAACAUUCUCAGUCUCUCGUCUACCGUUAGCUGGAGCCUAACUCAAUGUUCACAAAUGUAAAAUAAUGCUUACAUGGUCUUAUAGGGUGCCUAGUGUAGUGGCGCUAGCAGGGUUUGCAGGAGUGAGGAGGUUUAGAUUAUGUCAGCUGCUUAGCACACUGCAAAUGGCACUGUCAAAUCUCAUAUUUUCAAAGUCAAAGGUGGGCUGGAGUCUUUGGAAACUGUAGACUGUUGAGUUUAGCUUCCCAAUGUAUUAAACACAGCUUAGAGGUCAUCUAAAGGAGACAUCUAUCUUUGAAGGUGUGCUGACGGCACAACCAUUUUGGCAAGUUGGUGAGAAUCUGGGAUUGAUUUGCUUUAAAAUUUGCUCUUAGGCCAUGUUCGCACUGCAGGUCAAUUCCGAUUUCUUAUCCGUAUGUGACACGUAUCUGAUUUUUUCAUGUAAGUAUGAACAGUGCAAUUCUGAUCUUUUCAAAUCCAACCCAGGCCUCAGUCAACCCAGGUGACUGCAGUGUGGACGCUCAGGUCGAGUUCAUCCGACCUAUACGUCAUCAAUAUGCGACAAACGUCACCAUUGUUUGACAACACAAACAAUUUGUGCUUUGUGCGCAUGCGGGUCACUUCACGAACGCAUUCCGUUCACAUUAGAUGCCGAAUUCGUUGUUGUAAUGUGAAGGACCGCACAAAAAGGUCGGAUUUAACAAAAAAACAGAAUUGUGCAUCAUAACCUGCAGUGUGAACGUAGCCUUAGAAACAUAUUUUCUUAACCUGGGUUUAUGAAAAAGUCCAAAACUUUUUAAGAGCCUCUCUCUGCUGAUUUCAUGUGUUGGCAGUGUUUUCAAACAAAAGUUAACUCUACUUAAUUCCACCUCUCCCUGGAGAUGUUGGUAUGAAGUUAAUUCAUUCAACACCUGUUCCCUGUCAGUGGUUUUGGACAUCAAAUAAAACUGAACUACAGAGAAAUCGGUAUUUUGUUUAUAAAUGGCCAAAAAACCCUCAUAGUAGCUUUAAUCCAGUGAGGGUCUAAUACUGCAGAGCCCCUUUAAACAGCUAGACUAACUUACAAACUGCUAAUGUGUUGCUUGGAGAAAAAAGGCAAUCAUCGUCAGACUCAAACCAACAAACCCAGAUUGAAAAUGUCUUCAAACAUCAACCUUGACCACAGGUAGUCCCUUGAACCUUGACCAUUGAGGGACCAGUUUCCACAGUCUCCACUCCUCCAUGUUUCUCUGAAGAAGGAUUGUCAUUAUAGGCAGCUUUUUGUAAAUAGCGUGAGAUCUUUCAUACAGAUCAGUAUGUGGCGACAGCACUGUCUCAGACAUUUCAGCAUUUCUAUAGAUCGGCUUUAGUUCUUGCAAACAUUGCACUACAUGGUCAUAUUUAGCUAUCACACUCUCCAUGUGCACGCACUGCUAGCAUAGUCUGUUGGAGCACUUUGUCAAUUAUCCACUUAACAUUUGUCACUCAUCCAGGAUGCACUUUGCCACCAAGAACCAUUUUCUACAGGUCUGCAUACCGUCUAAAACCUCCGGUGAAAUGCCUUUUUUCAUCACCGUUAUUCUGGGGGAAUAUGUUGUACUUUCAGUCAAACUGGGACUUGGUUGAUCUUUCUUGGCAUCAGUGGCAUCCCGGGGUGACUCUGUUUUCACUGUGUUUGUCCAUGCUUGGUGUGUCAGUAUAUAAGAGAUUCACAGAUCUUUACCCCUGUCCUUGUGUCUGUAUAUUUCACCUCACACCCACCAAACCCUCUCCACCCAUACUUCCACCCACCAUCAGAGCCCUCCAGGGUCAAACAUGCUCAAAGUCUUUUUAAAGGCCUGUCUAGCGGAAUAUCCUCAAGCUGGAACAGUUUGUUUGGGUUCAGCCGGCCCUUCCUUUGAGGUGCAUCUUGAACCGGGUAUUUUCAAGAACAUCUUUUGAAGACAGUACGGGCUGAAAGAUUGGCAUUAAAACAUUCUGAUUGUCUCUACAAAGCUCUAUCAAGCAGUACAGUAUCACACUGUAUAAGGUAUCACUCUGUACUUAAAGCUCCUACGAGGAUCUUUUAGCUUGUGUUGACUUUGAUGCCCCUGUGGACAAAUUAGUCAUUGCUGAUUUUUGUCCAGUACAUGUGUCAGAAUUGUUUUCAUACAAUCCAUUUUAACAGUCAAAUGUAUCAUUGGAAAAAGUUUUUAAAAAAAUAAUUCUAUCAGCAAAUAUUCAAUUUGUCAGUCACCCACCCACCUAGCAGAAGUUUUCUACAAAUCUCCCUCGAAAUUAUUUGAAUGGCAGAAGUGGCCAUACUAUGUGAUAAAUUCAAGCUAGCUAACUGGUUAAUGAGUCAUCCAUUUCUGUUGAAGCUUCUACUCCAUCUUAUUGUCCCUUUAAUGGUAACCAGUAAAGAGCCACUACUACCCCCUUUAGUCACAAAGUCAUACCAGAGGCUUAUUUUAAGCAAAAUAUUGAUAUUUAAAUUAUCUGAAAUGACAAUAACCAUCAGUACAAGACAGCCCUAGUCUGACAUAUCAAUUGAAAAACCCCUAGUUUGCAGAUGAACAUUGUUGUUGUCAUAAAUGGAAUUUUUUGCUUAUUUCCAAUGUAUAAAAUUUUGAUUACAUGCUACUUUUCCAAGUAUAGGUCUUCUUAUUUUUCUGCCUAUCAUUGGUCAUGGCUUCAUCCUUAUGAAGACGCUUUACAAUUUGAACCUUCAGUGCUAUUUAAAUGUAAUUUUGGUAAUAUCUGCUGUUUUGAAAAGAGGGUGCUUCCUGUCUCUCUGAUUGAGUCAGCCGUUCUUUAGGGUUAAAUUUAAUUGGGACCUGCUCCAAGAAGGAUCAGCGUAGUAGCAUGUUAUCGAAACCAACAGGAAUCAUACCCAAUAUGAGUCCCAAAAUGAAGAAAAUUUAAUCCAUCCUCAGAGCCUCAUAGGCCUUAACACUUGUAGAAUAGAACCAAGUGGAGACACAGACUUGAUUUUGGUGCCAAUGCUUGUGCCGUGUAACCAGAGAAAUGACCAUACGUAUCAUCCGUUGUGAAAGCUCUGUUUCAGCACCUUUAUAUCACCAAGCAUGUAUGCAGUUAACUCAAACCAUAACUGUUGAGAAAUCACAACUUUACAUUCCCUGGGGUGAGCUGACAAGUGGAGAAAAGAGAAGACAGCAGAUGUGUUUUUACCAUCACAACACUCCUCUCACCUGUCUCUCCAGGGCUCUGUUACUCUGAUACCUUUCAUUUCAACCUUCAAUCCAUAAACCAUCACUCCACCCCCGCUUUCCUCCCCUCCGUCACCGUCACAUCUGUUGGGUUUUUUUUAUUUUAUAUUUUCCGUUCUCUUGUUUUACUUACAAUUUUUGCUGUACAAAGUGUUUAAAAUAUUAUUUGUAUUAUAUGAUGUUAGUAUGGUAAUGUUCUUUAUUAAGGAAGAAGAAAAUUUAUUUUUGUUACUGGUCUGUUUCAUAAUUCUUUUCUAAAUUGGUAUUGUAAGAUAUCUAUGCAAGAACUGUUAAGUGGAGCAUUUUUAUUUAAGAAUGUAAUAUGUGUAAUAAAUGGUAGAAUCUGGUCAUGGCUCUGGUCUGUUUUAUUUUGUGAACCUUUCCAACACACUUUACACACAUAAAAACAAGAAACUGGUCCUCUAUUUUCUCUUACAUUCUGCUUGACCUUUGGGUUUGGUCAUCCUCCAAUUCAUGCAACCCAAGCAAAUGAGUCACACUGUAACUGUACUAAAUCCAAACUAACUAAACAUCGAAGUGGGCAAACUUAAGCUUUGUAUGGCUCAGUUACAGUACUCAACAGCAUCUAAAAACAGUCUCAGAUUUAAGCAGGGUAGUGAUGAGCACGGCAAUUCUUUGAGAUGUACUGAAUCACUAGAAUUAGUUCACUAAAAAGAUUUGUUCAAAAGAUUCAUUCACCCAAUCACCAAUCAUCUUGUGCUUGGUGGGAGGAGUCUGCGACUCCGACCUCCUGAACUGAUACACAGCUGAACGUUUCAGGAUCAGUUCAAUUCAUAGCUUCUGGGACGGGGAGACGAGAGUGUUUGGCUAUGUUGCUUUGGCAAACAGGUUUGUAAAAAUGAACUUGUUUAUAAGUCAUGAUGUUUUAAGUGUAUUGUCCGAUGGUAUGCUAUUUACCAGGUCUGCUCGGUAAAUUGGUUAAAUUUGUUCACUAAACGUUUAGAAGAAUUCACACUGAACAUGCACUGUUCCCUCACAAACCGCUGCAAUGAAAGGAUGCUGCAGAUUUAAUGCACUACUUGUUACAUGCUGUAUCCUAUUGUACGCAAGUUGUUGUGGUGGCAAUUUAGCAGUGCAAAAAAAAUCGGUAGUUUUGUCCGCCUAAAAUGAUUCCAGAGAGUGAAGUUCAAUGCGUGAUUCGUUCAUCAAGUAAUUCAGACGUCGGUGCAUGUGGUCCCUCGUUCCCCGUCUGCUGGCCUGGCAAUGAUGUUUCUCACUUCAGCUCAACUUAAGUCAGAAACAAACCAAUCACUCGAGGAAGUGAUUCGGUUCAGUGCAUUAGCUUGGAAGAUGAGGUUCUUUUGAACGAAUCGUUCAUGAAUGACACAACACUAUAGCGGGGUGAAAGUAACAUAAGGUUCUUGCAGGUACUGUACUUAUAGGCUUUGUACAAGAGGAGCACACCCAAGUUUAACAAGGUGCCGAAUCUGAUGCCACAGUAUCAUCAUCUACUGCGUCUCUCUUUCUCAUGAACAUAACAUCAAUUUUUUACCCCAUUUUGUUUUAUUUCUAUAUUAAGAUUGAAGCAGCUGUCUCUUUAAAAGUUCCCUGCGAUCCCCAGCGCCUAGGCAACCAGCGUCCAAUCAAAAGUGCGCACUACGCGCUACCACUUCCGGAAAUUGUUUGCGGAAGAAAAUACCUCUUACUCAAGCAGCAUGGUCCUAUUGGAUUACUACGGUUACAAUGCAGAGCGCAGACUAACGUACGGCAACACGGUAAGCAAUUGUAGCAUACAUAUAUUGCAGGAGUGACAGUUUGUGUACCGCAGUAUACCGCGGCAAACAGCUGUUUAUGUCUUCCCGGUACAUCAUACCGCUGCGUACAGGCUUAUUUUCAGCCCUGGAUUGAAGUGAUCUCACUGAAAUGUUGAGCAGGCCACUCUACAGACUUUUCAGUGUUAAUUGAUGUUAAUUGUUAAAUUUUUUAAUGCUUAUGAAUGUCCAGAAAAGAUCUUUUUUAUCGAGACUGUGCAGCUCAUGGCAGUUUUCAAGUAACCUUUCUCAUCAAGGCAAUCAGGCUUGUAUGAAUGGCACAAUAAAAGAUGUACAAUAAAUAAAAUUAAUUAGCUUGUGAUUUGGUUUAGGUAUAAAAAUGACCUGGUGAAGAAAGCAUUGGGGAAGGGUCAGGGGUAUAACAUGUCAGGUAAAUUAUACAAAUCAUUUGAAUAUAUUAGAAACAGCUGAAGGGUGUUACUUUUUACAUAGCUUUGCAGUCAUAUAAUAUGCUUUAUAUACAAGAUAAUUCCACUCACAGUUUGAGGUUUUGAGCUUCCAUUAAAGGUCUUCGUAGAUUGACCAACCCCGGAUUUUGGUGACUGCUAAAAGACCAAACCAGAUGAUGCUGGCCUUUGAUUACAGAGGAUUCAUCAGUCAGUUAGCGAGCACUAGCUGCUACCUUGUUGGUGUUGUCCUAAAAAAAAAUCUUUUGUUUUCUGCCUUUGUCUUUGAGAAAAGAAAGUAGCAGUGGCUUUCCUUCAUAACCAAAUGAAUCAACAAAGUGCAGAAAGGAGGAAAAACUGAGGGGUUGACCUUCUGGUUAAGGGACAAUUGAGGGGAGCAUCCACGUAAAUAGCUGCUAGGUAGGCUCGUACUUCAACUGUAUUCUGAUAGGACGGCAGGGCCUGAUGUCAUGUUUGCUGUGUUUGCUCGCGUUUGCUUACGUUCACAAACAUCUCUACUCUUUUUUUCCUCAUAAAAUUAGGUCGGUAAAAACGUACCCUCUUCUCUUACUCUUUAUUCUAACAUUUUUCGUAGUGCUAGUCAUGACCCACUAUUGCCACCCUGCGGUCAACUGCAGAAACUCUUGAUCAUCACAAGGCUUAGGCCAAGUUAUCAAAAUGAACCAGUAAAGUGCAUCCAAGGACUAAACCAACAUCUAUGUUUCUCAUCUCAUGAAACUUGGAGGUUUAGUUUUGACAUUUAACAGGCUAGCAUUACAGUUUAUGCAUAUAUUAAAGUACAGAUAAGGCAAUGGGUGCUUUAACAUAAAAUCAUUCAUCAGCCAUUAGUCUACAAAUGAAGUAUGAAUGAGUGAAUGUGACAUGUCAUGUAAAUUUGAGAUGUUUCUGUCUUUAUGCAAGUUAUUCUAUCGUAGCAUUUUAAGAAAAGCAGUCCUUGAUUUCCCAGAAAUGCCGAUUUGUCUCCCAUCUUGUCUCGUCUUCUGUACCAUCUGUGCUGCAGCCUUAUCAGGGUAACUUGUUCAGCCUCCAAACUGUUUUUGUAUGUUUAUUACAGAAUGGUGAGGUGUGUAAUUAUCCAACCAGAACUGCCAACAAGGAGCUAAUGAAUGUUGUUUAAUCUGCAGACUAAUCGUUUGAGGAUCUUGCCCAUAAGGACAAAAAAAGGAUUUUGCUUUGUUGGAUUAAAAAUUCAAAACUGGUUUUAACCAUAAAUUAAAAUUCUGCAAAAUUUUAUUGCUCAUUAGCCAUUUAUCUUACAUACAUCUGUGGGUGCUUCCGGGAACAUUUACCAAGAGUUAAAUUCUACCCGAACAUUGUGUAUAUUUUCCUACAGGGGAGAGUUAACAUCCUCCAGCUCAGCAGACAAGCAGAAAACCCAGAGUAUAACCUUCCAGUAAAUGACUGAAAUCACCCCUGUCUGGACACCCAGACGACUUUAAUUAUGAGUACCAUGGUGGCGCGUUAUUCUUUCUUAAUGGCCAUUUAAGGCAGAUGGACACAUCCUGUCCAGCCGCUGGCAAGAGCACAGACGUACGGAGGCCCAGCGUCGCCUAACUACAACAGAAAGGCUCAUAUUCUCAAUAAAGCUGCUAAUUUAGCUCUUUAUUACAGAUUAAAACAAUCUCAUGAAUAUCUAUGGCUCUCCCCUGUCUGCAAAUGG